GCGGCGCAGGCGCCGUAGGACCGCUCGGGGCUUCCUCCCUCUCUGUCUCCCUCUCUCUCUGUGCAGCCAGGCCCUGCGAGGCUCCCGGCGGCGGAGCUGGGGCGCGGGCGCGGAACGAGAGCAAGCGGUGGUGGGACGCGAAGGACGCUCGCCUUCCUCGCCGGGGACCUCCGGCGCCGCUCCUUCCCUCGCAGCCGCCGCGCCGCUUCCGAGGCUGCAGCGACGCGCCUGGAACUCCGGCGGCGCCAACGUUCCAAAGGGAGCCGGCGGCGUUCGAAAUCGGAACGUUAGCGGCGGCGGCGGCGCUACAUUGUUUCCCCGCCCCCGCCCCGGGUCCCGCCGCUGCUGCCCGAGCGCCCCUCCCGCCCUCCGCCUUCCUCCUGCUGCAUCUCCGGAUCUCCGCCCCCGCUGCUGGGACCCCUCCGGCCCUCGGAGCUGCCUUCUCCGCCGGCCCUGUGGCCCCGAGUCCCCGGGGGCUCUCCCGCUGCAUGGACUAACCCCACAGCGGCUCGCCGAGACCAGCCGGGCCGCCGAGGCAACACGGAGCCUGGAGAGAGGUGAGCAGCGCGGAUUCCUUGCCGCCCCACGGGGCGUUGUGGGGAUCUAAAGGUUCGUGCCCCCGCUUCCUCGCAGGCCGCCUGGAGAGGGGCGACUUAACCAUCCUUCCUCACGCCUUUUUUCCUGGCGCUUUGUAGGCGGGUGGGAACUCGGGGGAUAUUCCACUCAAGUGACUAGUCCCUGGGGAAGAGCCGUGGCGGGGGGCGGGGGUGCAUCACACCCACCAAAGCGCGCUUUCCCACGUAAGGCUUCCGAAAAGAAGCCGAAGGGAAGUGGCUGGCAAGCCGGCCGGCUGGCCGAUCAGCCUCCCCCAGCCGCCCCAGGGUGCGAGGCGGCGGCGGGGCGUGCUCCUGGCUCGCGUCGCUGCCUCGGGGAGAGUCGCUCUCCCUUCGACUUGGACGAGGCCUGCCACUUCCCUUCGGCCCCGUUGCUGCUUCCCUUUCUCUGGGUGCAAGACCCGUCGGGGUCUCGCGGGUGGGCGAGAUCCGUCGGGCUGCUGAGGUGUCUUUGGAUCUGCAUCCUCCCUGUGUGUGCCUUGAAUGUUGAUGUCCGGCUUCGUGAUGACCUGAUGCAGGACCAGCGGCGGAGGGAUAUUUUCAGAUCACACCUUAGAAAGUGGCCUGGUCUUCCUGGAGGGACCUCAGCGGUGUAGAAGGCGAGAAUCAAUGCCAUGGGGAAAGGCCGUCUUUUGGAUGGUUUCGCCCUCCCCUCUUUCCUAGAAUAAAUGAAAUUUCCCUUCAGUGGUUCUUGGUAACUGAACAUUUCCUGGAGCCCAAGUCGAUACACAGAAACAAUGGGGGCCCAUAAGCAGCAGCAGCAGCAGCAAAACAUAAUGAAACAAAUACUGUAGAUGCUUCCUGGAAUGCUGAUCACCCAUUUCUUCCCUGUCGCUUAUUGUCUGACCCCUUGGUUACCCCUCCCUUUUCUGCCCACAUCUGGCAGACCCUUCCCUCCGUGCCCCAUGGAGUUGCUUGCGCAGAGCUCCCUCUUAACUUCCCCGGGGGUUCUCAAUGAACUUUUCUUCCGAGGUGUGUGUGGCAGCAGAAACGCCGCUUGUGGGGUUCUUUUGGCGCCUCACAGAGCCGGAGCCUGCACGGGUGUGAAGAAUGGCUGGCGGCUUGGAGAUCCACGUUGCCUUUGUAUGGCUGCCGUCCAUCCCCACGGACAGUGCUGCUACAGUCCUCCCCAGCUGGGCCUUUGCAGACGCACAUUGUCACCAUCAGUGAGUCAUAUUGUGUGUGGAGUGGCUUGUCCGGCCAGCGGGGAGGGAUCUGUGCUGCCGUCCUUACAACAGCCAUUGUCACACCAGCAGGCCUGGGGGCAGGCAGGGGCAUAAUGCAGCAAAGCUAACCCCCCCCCCGCCUCCAAUAGGCAUUUGAUGGGAUAAGGGGUUUAAAAGGCUCAGGGACAGGUGGGUGGGAGCUUAUUGUUACCGCAGCUAAUUUAAAGGUCUGGCAACAGCUGAUUAAAGCUGCCCCUGUGAGGGCUCAGUGGUGCUGGGCGCUCAGGAUUAGUGGCGUGCUGCUGAGGGCAGAGAGCGGCUUCUUCAUGCAUGUUUGCAUACAUACAUGUUUUCCAGGCAGCAGUUGUUUUUGUCUGCAGAUUGAGAAAGGUGCAUAGAAAUUAAAGGAAGGGCAAAGAUCUGGUCCCCGCUAGCUCCGCAUUGCUGGAGGUAGGAGGCCAGGUUAGAUUCUUCCUGUUUUUCAGAUGCCCUGAGCAUCAGGAAGUACGACUUACUUACUUACUCCAUUGCACUUUAAAUAAUGCAAAGCCCUUUAUGACUAUCUCCUGCAAGUUGUUCUCUGCUAUUCCUGUUCAAAAUGGGGGUGUAGAAUUUCCAUAAAUCCUGAUGCCCCCCCUGAGAAAAGCCUGUUUCUUGCCACCCUGGAGGGGGAAGGGAGCAAUAGAGAUUUUAGGAAGAAUUGAAAUAUGUGUAAGACUUUCCCAAUCAAGCCUUAGCUUAUUUUACCUGUUUAACUACAUACAAUUCAUCAUUUGUGGUUUUAGUUUAUGAAAGUGUACUCUGUGGUGUGUGUAUGACAUUUUCAGAGCACAAAAGUAAGUUUACUCAGAAAGAAUGCUCGUUCUGUUCAGUGGCACUUUCUUCCAUGUAAAUGCAUGUUGGAUUGUGGGCUGAAAAGUUUGUUUCUUUGCUAUUUUUCUAUAUUGCCCUUCCUCCUACAGAAUCUCAGGGCAGUGUCCAAGAAACUGUAACACACACAUAUGAAAUCAAGUGGGGCUCAAAACAAUUCAACCAUUAAACAAUACAGCAGUGGAUUAAAAUCCAAAGUCAGCCCUUAGUCAGCGCUUUAAAUACCUGCAUGGAGAGAUCCAUGUGUGUGUUUUGUUUCCAGAAUAAUCAUAGAAGUGUAGAGUAGGGAGCGACCUCAAGGAGAACAGAGUCCAACCCCCUGCAAUGCAGGAACAAAGGUUUUCUUGCACAAAGUUGAAUCCUACUGUUAGGUUUUUCUUUUUACUUAAUUCCUCUACCAAACCCUGCACUGUUCUCUCACCCUCUCAGUUCAGCCUGGCAGCUCCCCUGUGAGGUUGGUUGGGCAUGAUUGACGCAGGGUCAUCCAUAUCAGGUUUAUAGCUGAGUAGGGAGUUGAACCUGGACCUCCCAAAUCAUAGCUCAGCGCCAUAACCAUUAGCCCUUGCUGGUUGAAAUCUCUGUGCGCUUGGGGAGCUCCUGGAAUAAUUGUGGGCCAAUUACAUUUUCUCAGCUUAGCCUACCCUACAGGGUUGUUGUGCGUGUGUAUGUGAGAAGGAAGAAUUACGGGGCUCUUGGAGGGUGAAUGCAUAAAGGCAAGAAAAGUGAAAGUGCAGCUGAUUUGCCUGUCUUUGUCUGCACGUGGCCUCAUAGUUCUUAGGCUGCGGCAGAAGACAGCUAACUUUUGAGAGAGCAAAGUCAAGAACACUCCGUGGCUUAGAUCUGUUGGGUUUUGCCUUGCGAGUCUCUGCCAUGUACCGUAUUUUCGUUUUCAAGUCUGUUUGCCAAAGGCUUGUCUUGCCUCAUUCAAAUGGAGAUAGAUUAGAGAGGGAGUGACUGACUGAGAUAUUGGAUAUCUGUUUCAGAUUAAUCCAGUCAGUGCCAAGCUGGUGCCCUCCAUGGCUGUGCUGGCUGAUGGGAAUUGUAGUCCACAACAUCUGGAGGGCACCAGCUGGGCAAAGGCUGGAUUAAGUAAUUUAAAGAGGAAAGUUUCUCCAUCCCUCCCAACACUAGAACUCUCGAACAUCCUGUGAAGUUGAAUGUUGAAAGAUUCGGGACAGAGAGAAGGAAGUACCAUAUUUUUUGCUCUAUAAGACUCACUUUUUCCCCUCCUAAAAAGUAAGGGGAAAUGUGUGUGCGUCUUAUGGAGCGAAUGCAGGCUGCGCAGCUAUCACAGACGCCAGAACAGCAAGAGGGAUUGCUUCUUUCACUGUGCAGCGAUUCCUCUUGCUGUUCUGGCUUCUGAGAUUCAGAAUAUUUUUUUUCUUGUUUUCCUCCUCCAAAAACUAGGUCUUGUGGUCUGGUGCGUCUUAUAGAGCGAAAAAUACGGUACUUCUUCAUGCAGUACCUACGGUACCACGUACCUACAGGACCGCUUCUCCUGGUAUGCCCCGCGGAGGACCUUAAGGUCCAUAAAUAACAACACUUUGGAGGUCUCAAGGAGAUUAGAUUGGUUUCAACUAGGGCCAGGGCCUUUUCAGAACAUCUUUCAGCAGGGCCUGCAAGACAGAGCUGUUCCGCCUGGCCUUUGGUUUGGACUAGGUCUGACCCUUAUGUUUCCCUCCCCUUAUGGUCUUGAUUUAUCAGCUACUUUAAAAUGAGGCUGCAUUUUAAAUUGCAUUUUAACCUGUAUUUUAAAUUGGUCCCCCCCCCUUUUUCUCCUAUUACGUUUUUACUGUGAUUUUGUUGGUGUUAGCUGCCCUGAGCCUGGGGAGGGUGGGAUAUAAAUAAAAUUUAUUAUUAUUAUUAUUAUGCAUAAUUAAACUGUGGAACUCACUCCUGCAGGAGGCAGUGAUAGCUACCAACCUAGAUGGCUUUAAAAGAGAAAUAAAUUCAUGGAGGAAGACAAGGCUAUCAAUGGCUUCUAGCCUCAACGGCUUAUUUUCUGCCUCCAUGGUCAGUAGGCAACAAAGCUUUCGCUGGAAGCCAAGAAGGAGAGAGGUUUGCUCUUGUGGUUGAAUCCUGCUUUUGAGUUUCUCAUUAGGGCAUCUGGUUGGCCCCUGCGAGAAGAGGAUGCUGGACUAGAUGGGCCCUUGGCCUGAUCCUGCAGACUCUUCUUAUGUUCUUAAUAGCUUCUGGGCUGGAACCACCUUCACCUGCAACCACAAUCCGAUGUGGAUUCACACAAAGCCACAUAAGAUCAGGAGUGUUUUUCAAGACACCUGCGUGCACUUCUGGGUUACCGAAGUACUAGCUGUACUUUUCAGUGGCAGGAUCGUGGCCACAAAAUUAUGUAGGCAUUAUCGUUUUGACAUUUUGCAAGACGUUAGUCACCACACGGUGUUUGAGGAGCCUUCUUUUGCAGGUCCCUGAAUCUGAAUAAAAAUGUGAUGCUCAACAGAUUAAGAGGAAGUCACUUGAAAAUUAUUCAGGGGAAAACAUGUUGAGUGAUCUAGUAUUAUUUGGAUUGUAACUUUUAAAGGUUUUAGUUACAAGGAACAAAUUGUUAAUUUAUUGAAUUUGUUAGUCGCUUGUUACACAAAACACCUCAAAAGAAUUUGGAACCUUUUAAAAUAUUCUAUAUGAUAUGUAAGAUAUUUUAUAUUAUAACACAUAUCUGGAAAACAUGUGCCGUUCAUUAAAAAUACCUAAAGCAACUCCCAAUAACAGCAGCAGCAAGCACUGGAAAUCCUUGCUCUGACGAGAUGUUUGUUGGAUGCUGCCCCUUGUAAUUAAAAUGGGGGGGGGAAUGUGGCCCUCCAGAUGUUAUUGGACUCCAACUGCCAUCAUCCCUGAUCAUUGACCAGGCUGGCUGGGACUGAUGGGAGUUGGAGACAGAUUCCCUGGCUCUGAUUUAAAAGAAAUAAGGUUCAUUGUGCAGUUUGUGCCCAGCUUUGAAUGCAAUAAACAGUAUCUGAGAACAGCACAACGUGGCAUUUCAUCCCACCUAGAUUUGACAGUCCCCUCCUAGGAGAAGAACUGGCUGGCUCAGUUGUUGCUUGCACCUUGCAUUCAUUUUAGCAGGCAUUUGAGUUCUGGUUGACAGCUCUAUAGGCUCAUAUAUAGCAUGCCAAGUCACGCCAUCUAGCUCAGGACUGUCUUACACUGACUAGCAGUGGCUGUCCAGUGUUUCAGACAGUGGUCUCUCCUGGCCCCACGGGAGAAUCAGAGCGUGGACUCAGAUCUUUGGUAUUCAAAGCAGAUGCACCACUGAGCCUCAUCCCUUUCCAUAUCUAUUGAUCUAUAGAUGGUUGAUCUGCUGAUGUGUUCUCUCUUUUUUUGGUAAAAAAACCCUGCUUCCUGUUUCUCAUGUGGUCUAAUAUGAAUACUAUUUUCAUAAUUUUAAACAGUUUGCAUUCAGUUGUGUUAGCUGUGUUAGCAGCUCUUAAUAUAUAAAAAUUAAACAUUUUGAAAUAUAGUAAGUAAAUAUAUGCAUAAAAAUAAACAACUAAACAUCAAAAUCCUAAAAUAUCUAAAGAAAAAUAGGAAUGCUAAAUCAACCAAAUGAUUUCUAAAUUUCCCCCCAACAUUAUCCUAAAACAAUUAUUUCAGUAUUAUGGCAAACAGCUAGACACCUGUCCACUGUUGAAGGCAGAGUGCUGGUCCAGAUGGGUUGCUGUUCUGAUAGUGUGAGGAAAUUUGUUAGGUUUGUUCUGCCAGGUGGUGUCGUCACAUUAUUUUGGGUGCCUCUACCCUCCCCCCACUGCCAGCAUGCAUACCCAUGAAAUUACCACGUAAUUUUAUUGUGCGUAAGUUUAUUAAAAUUCCUGGUUUUAUUUUUAUUUUGGCUAAUAUUUUUGCAUAAACUUUUUUUUUAAAAUGCUUGUUCAUCUUGGUUUAUUUUAAUUGACAUUUUAGAUUGUCAAGCUGCUUAGAGGUGUUCUGUUGAGUCUGUAUUGUAGUAUAUGCGCUGUCUGUUAAGAUGUUAAACUUGAAUGAGGAUAGGGAUUAUCUAUCUGUCUGUCUGUCUGUCUAUCUGUCUAUCAUCUAUCUAUCACUGGCCUGUAUCAGUCCUUACAUUGUACACCCCAACUGAACCAGGUUGUGUGCAGUCUAUUUCCUCAAUUAGCCAUCUUUACUUUGAUUGUGUGCAGUACUUCCUUGUCCAGCAAUGAGAUCAUAGGGCACUUUGCUGUGGCCUGAGAUGUUCUCUCUCUCUCUGGAAACCAGGGAAACCUGCAACCCUCCAGGUGCUGCUGGAUUCCUGAAUCCCAUCAGCUCCUGCUCGUGUGCACAACCGUCAAGGAUGUUGGGAGUUGUAGUCCAGCAACAUUUGGAGGUUCCCUAUUCCUGAUGGAAGCUGAGCCUCCUGGUAAGGUAAAGGUAAAGGGACCCCUGACUAUUAGGUCUAGUCGUGACCGACUCUAGGGUUGCGGCGCUCAUCUCACUUUACUGGCCGAGGGAGCCGGCAUACAGCUUCCGGGUCAUGUGGCCAGCAUGACUAAGCCGCUUCUGGAGAACCAGAGCAGCGCAUGGAAACGCUGUUUCCUUCCCGCCGGAGUGAUACCUAUUUAUCUACUUGCACUUUGACGUGCUUUCAAACUGCUAGGUUGGCAGGAGCAGGGACUGAGCAACAGGAGCUCACCCCGUCGUGGGGAUUCGAACCGCCGACCUUCUGAUCGGCGAGCCCUAGGCUCUGUGGUUUAGACCACAGCGCCACCCGCGUCCCUCCUGGUAGUGCUCCUUAAAUGAUGUUCAUGUGACUGUUUUGUGAUGUUGUGACCCUUGCCUAGCUAAGAGUUCAUUGGUGUUUGCCCACCUCCCGUUAGGGAUAGCUGCCCCCAUGUUAUUCCUGAGAUGAAGCCAGUGUCUAUAUGAUUUGCUGGUGCUGUGAGUGAGUGCUGCAGUUACUCUCCAUGUAAUCAAGGCUCGAUAAAGCACAUUGCUAGUAGCAAAUGCAAGCCAGGCUGUCUGCAACUAAGCAACCACAGAGCAAUUUCUGUUAAAACAGCACUUUGGUGCUUCACACUUGUGGUGUUUGUUUUGUGCUGUUGGUGGGAAGCCUUUUUGUUUGUGCCCUGCUGAGUUAGUGGAAGAGACGGGCUUUGUUCUUCUGUUUGGAUUGCUAGCCGCCAAAUUAAUAGAGGCCAUUGCACCCUGUUCUCUACUGGGAGCAGGCUAAUUGUUCUGGCUGGCGGGGGUGGCCGAAUCCUGGCUUAGAAGCCUACGUGACAAGGCUUAAAUGCGCCAACGACCAUAAUUUCCAUGGCAAUUAUUUCCCAUUUUAUUCCUUCUUCCAGCUCAUUUUGACAGUGGCAUGCAGAGGGUCCCAAAUUCAAUCCCCAGUAGUAUCUCCAGGUAGGACUAGGAGAGAACCUGCUCUGAGUUCCUGAGGAGCAACUGGCAGUCUGUGUAGACAAGACUGAGCUAGGUGGACCAAUGGCCUAUCCAUAACUGGUUGAGUCUGCAGUAGUGGUGUCCUCCAUGAUCUCUGCUUCUCAUGCCUGCUUUGUCAAGAUGAUGGAGUUGUGAUGAGUCCCAAGGUAAGAUGGGGAUGUUUAGCCUAGAGAAAAGAAGACUGAGAGGAGAUCUCUUAGCCACUUUCAAAUAUCUGAAGGGCUGUCACAUGGAAGAGGGAGCAAACUUGUUUUCUGCUGCUCUAGGGGGAAUUAAUGGAUUCAAAUUACAGGGACGGAGAUUCUGACUCAACCUUGGGAAGAACUUUCUGAGGGUAAGAGCUGUUUAACAGUGGAAUGAACUUCCUUGGAGGGUGAUGGACUCGCCUUUGUUGGAGGUUUCUAAGCAGGGGUCAGGUGGCCAUCUGUCAGGGGUGCUGUGAUCCCUACACUGCAGGGGGUUGGGCUAGGACCCCUGAGUUCCUUUCAACUCCACAACUCUUAAGAUUCUAUGAGAUUUCUCCCCACCCCCUGCAAAUUGUCAGGCUUGCCUUACAGGGAGAAAGGGAGGCCGUGGAGGAGGCAGAUGGACUCACUUGUCUGCUAAGAAGAGGGCCAGGGUUUUUGAGCUUCUCAAGGCUGAAUGAAUGAAUGAAAAGAUCCCAUGGGCCAAAAGUGGCCAGAGGGCUGUAAUUUCCCUGCUUCACUGUGAUGCUCAGGACCACUUUUUGUUUUUGUUUUUUAUAAAAAAAAUUAUUAGUUUUUCAACGUAUCAUUUUCAACAAUAAUUAAACAUACUUUUACAUCUUAUACAAUUUUUUGACUUCCAUCAGUCACAUCUGAAAAUUUUCCAAUCUAUUUACUUAAUUUACAGUUCUUAUUUUCACUAUUACAUUUAAAUCUCAUAACUAAUAUCUUUCUCUUCUUUGCAAUAUUUCAUAUAUUUCUCCUUACAAAACUUCUUGUAGUCCUGCUAGCGUAAUUUGUUGAUUACAGUUGCUCUUCAAAUAAUUUGUAUAUUUCUUCCAAUCUUCUGUAAAUCUCUGGUCCCGCAGGUUUUGAAUCCUGCCUGUCAUUUUAUCCAAUUCUGCGUAGUCCAUUAAUUUUGUCUGCCAUUCUUCUUUCAUUGGUAUUUCUUCUUGCUUCCAUUUCUGAGCCAACAAUACUUUUGCCGCUGUUGUUGCAUAUAAAAACAAUAGGACCACUUUUUGGAGGUACUUUAAAUCAGGGCUGUCACAUGGUCAAAUAAACCUUAGGCAAUUGAUCAGUUAAAAGAUUCAUAAAUGUACAUAAGAUGAAAACAACACUACUGAAAAGUGAAAGCACCCCAUAUACCAGGGACAUGGGGCCAUCUAGAUGUUGUUGGGCUACAGUUCCCAUCACCCCUGACCGUUUCACUGGCUGGGACUGAUGGAAGUUGUAGUCCCACAACAUUUGGAGGUUGGCAGGUUCCCCAUGCCUGCUGUAAAUGAAUAGCAAACUCUUCUCUAAGCAUGGGUCCUUAUGUGGCCCAAUUGGCACCAAUUCGGAGAAGUUACCUCCAGGCCUGGGGGCACUUCAGGGUUUGCAAAAGUGCCAAUGAGAGAGAAAGAGAUAAACUCCUAAGUUUGGGGGUAAAACGACCCAAUGAGACUUGAGCAUGCUCAGCAGCUGCAGAAUACUGACCAACUGGUGAUGGGAGAAAUAACAAAAAACUAGAAUGAAAUUGAGCAUUCUGAAAGACAGCAUGGCUGGCUGGAGUUUUGAACUAGAGAACACCACGCUGCAACAUUGUGUUGCUGUUUCCGCUUGGGCUUUAUUAGUUUUUAGAUGAUGCAGACAUAUGCUGCGGUGGGACACCAUCUUGAAAGAGGCAUUGCCAAACCAGUAACAAUUAUUUCAAAGAAGAAAGAAAGAGCAUUGCAAUGCAUAAGUUUGUGUGUGUGUGUGUGUGUGUGUGAGAGAGAGAGAGAGAGAGAGAGAGAGAGAGAGAGAGAGAGGGGAGAGAGAGAGAGAGAGAGAGAGAGAGAAUAUUCUGGUAUGGUGCCCAUCACCCGCAGUUACUUUAAAGUCAUGCAAUAUUUUUUUAAAUCUGCAGUUUAAUCAGGACACUUUUAAAAAGUUGUUUGCAGCCUUCUAGCUGAUCGGUGUUGCUGAUUAGCCAAUGAAUCAUUGCAGCCCUAAAUGAAGCUGGGUUUAUCACUGAGAGAAAAGCAGCAGGGAGUUGGAGAAUUUACGGCAGCGGCAGCAGGGGGCAUUUAACAAGGGUGUACCCAAAGGUAAACUGUUUAGUAAAGGGGUGGCGUUGUAGCACCUUCACAGAUUUGGGCGUCAAAUGCUGCAUCUAUUGGAAAUAGUGCGAACGCACACAGGGUGGUUCUGCUGAAUCUGUUCAGGAGCAUUCUGUUCACGCCUGGAUUUGCCUGUUAAAUAUCUAUCCUGCAAGCCUCCACAAGCGCUUCCAGGUUUUAAAAGGAAGAGUCGAUGAGAGACAGAGCGCUGUCUGAGAGGCAGGAGAGUUUUUGCCACUCGGAAAUGGCCAGACUGGUUGCUUCAUUUAACUAUGAUUCCUGCGUUGCAAGCGUUGGACUAUCACCCUUUCAGUUCCUCACAGCUGUACAAUUCUAUGAUUCUGUGUUCCUAACAAGAUAAACAGCAGAAAAUGCAUGGCUAAUAAAGUUAAAAACAAAACAAAAAGGGAGCAUAAAUACACUUUCAGCGUGACCUAAAGUAACUUCCUGAUAUUUUGUACUCCCAGCUUCCAUCAUGCUUGGCCAUUGGUCAUGCUGUCUGGAGCUGAUGGAAGUUGGGGGUCCAACAUUUGUUUUUGUUUUAUAAUAUUUUUACUAAAUUUUCAACAAAAAAUAAACAACAACAAACAUAGAAAAUUAUACAUGACAACGAUAUCAAAACCAUAAAAUGGGAUUCUUUGAAUCCCAUGACUUCCUCCCUCCGUUCUUUAAAUUCCCUUUUCAACUGCAUGUCAUUUCUACUCCAAAUUAUUUUUUCUACCUCAAAUUUCCUAUAUUUAUUCUAAAAUUACAAGUGUUCUUAAAAUCCUGCCAGUAUAUUAACCUGUUUACAAUACUUUUGCAAAUACAUACCGUAUUUUUCGCCCUAUAGGACGCACUUUUCCCCUUCCAAAAAUGAAGGGGAAAUGUGUGUGCGUCUUAUGGGGCGAAUGCAGGCUUUCGCUGAAGCCUGGAGAGCAAGAGGCGUAGGUGCGCACCGACCCCUCUCGCUCUCCAGGUUUCAGGAAGCUAUCCGCAGGCUCGCGCGCCCGGCGGGAGGUCCCACCGGGCACGCAAGGCUUGGGGUGGCAGCCCAAAGCACGGGGCGCGCUGUGGAGCACGCCCCGUGCUUUGGGCAGAUGUCCGCAAGCCUUGCGCGUCCGGCGGGAGGUCCCGCUGGGCUUGCAAGGCUUGCAGGCAGCAGCCUGUUCUGGGGGCUGGGGUCGGGGGAAGCUCGGACUUCCCCCGCGCCAGCCCCGCGCCUGGGGGGGGGGAAAUAAUUUUUUUUCUUUAUUUCCCCCCCCCAAAAUCUAGGUGUGUCCUAUGGGGCAAAAAAUACGGUAAUAAAUAUUUCCCAUUCUUUUAAAAAUUUCUUAUCAUCUUGAUUCCUGAGCUUUCCAGUUAGUUUCACCAUUUCAGCAUAGUCCAUUAACUUGGUUUGCCAAUCUUCUUUGGUCAAGACUGCUUCCUCUUUCCAUCUUUGGGCUAACAGCAUCUGGGUGGCCGUCAUAGUAUACAUAAACAAUUUUUUCUGGUCUUUUGGUAUCUUCUCCUACAAUACCUAAUAAAAAGGCUUGUUUAGUCGUGUCCGACUUUUCGUGACCCCAUGGACCAGAGCACGCCAGGCACUCCUGUCUUCCACUGCCUCCACUGCCUCCCACAGUUUCGUCAAAUUCAUGUUGGUAGUUACGAGAACAUUGUCCAACCAUCUCAUUCUCUGUCGUCCCCUUCUCCUUGUGCCCUCCAUCUUUCCCAACAUCAGGGUCUUUUCCAGGGAGUCUUCUCUUCUCAUGAGGUGGCCAAAGUCUUGGAGCCUCAGCUUCACGAUCUGUCCUUCCAGUGAGCACUCAGGGCUGAUUUCCUUCAGAAUUGAGAGGUUUGAUUUUCUUGCAGUCCAUGGGACUCUCAAGAGUCUCCUCCAGCACCAGAAUUCAAAAGCAUCAAUUCUUCGGCAAUCAGCCUUCUUUAUGGUCCAGCUGUCAGUUCCAUACAUCACUACUGGGAAAACCAUAGCUUUAACUAUACGGACCUUUGUUGGCAAGGUGUUUAGUACAAUAAUUAAAUUAUAAAAUCCUAAAACACAGAACAAAUGACCAGUGCUGAUCAAAUUAAUUCCCUUGGCAAUUUUCAGCAGGUCAGAAUUGCAGCUUGCACCCGUGAACAUAGAACAUGGGAUACAGCCAUCUAGGAAUACAGUUUUCCACAUGCUGUGUCCAUAAGUACCUCCCCUCUCCUCCCUCUCCCUCUCUGCAGGAGGAGGAUCAUGUGGUUAAGUCCUGGGAGAAUAUAUCAAAGUUCUUAGUCUGCUUUCUAGACUGGAAGUAAUUUUUCUGAGAAGGAAAGGGUUGUAGCUCAAUGGCAGAGCAGCUGCUUUGGAUGCUGACGGUCUCAGGUUCAACCCAGACCAACCCAGGUCCAUUAAUUUGUAUGUGUCCACUCUGGGUAAAACUUCCUGGGAUAAAACCCCAUCUUCCUGUGAUUCCUGGAACUGACUCUGAUAAACACUCUUGGGAACCAACCUUUCAAGGGUAUGUGACACGCAGUCUCUUGCUAGAGGAAGUGCACACUUUUGCAGUUGCCUAGCUGUGAGAAUAGGAUGAACAUAAAAAUCCUGCUGAGCGAUUCAUUUUAAUAGUUUGAUUUAUUAAAAGGAUUUUAUCCCACUUUUUUAUAUAAAAUAUCUAAAUCGUUGCCUCACCUAAUUGGAACACUCUAGGAUACCCAGUCAGUUAAUUGUUUUAAAUCACCACAAUAUAGCCUCAAAAUAGUGUUAAAAGCAGCAGCAUGGUGAUGUGGGAGCAAUCGAUCAAUAGCAGCAAGCACAUAAUAAAUAUCCUGAUCAGCAGAUGUUUGACGUCUGCCCCCCCCCCGCAAAGUCUUCUUGAAGUUGAAGGAUCUUUGCCAUCCAUCUGCUGGAGGACAGAAGAGAAAGGAGGGCAGCUGCAGGUCCUGGGGGAGAUAGUUCCACCAAGAGCUGCCUUGUGCACUGCCAGACGUUUGGCUCCUGGGAUGCCUCUACUGCCAGGCAGUUGCCUUUGUACGGUUUCAAACAAGAGUCUUCUCUGCCUCUUCCUGGCGAUGCCAUUGGGGAUUGAACCUGCGACCUUGGGCAUGCAGAGCAGGCACUGCCACUGAGCCUGGGCCUUACCCCUCCCAGCUUGACCCAUGCUGCUCUACAGUGCCCCUCUGGAGGCGCUGGGGAUUGAAGCGGAGUCCCCUUGCGUGGAAAGUGCAGGCUCGGAUACUCAGCCUUGGUCCCUUGAGAGCCUGAGUGCAGUUACUGGAAAGUUCCUCUCAGGCGUGAGCCACCGACUUGGACUCCUGCCAACCUAACAGUUCGAAAGCAUGUCAAAGUGCAAGUAGAUAAAUAGGUACUGCUCUGGCAGAAAGGUAAAUGGCGUUUCUGUGCGCUGCUCUGGUACGCCGGCUCCCUUGGCCAGUAAAGCAAGAUGAGCGCCGCAACCCCAGAGUGGUCCGUGACUGGACUUAAUGGUCAGGGGUCCCUUUACCUUACCGACUUGGAAGGUAGCUUCACCUUCGGGAUCUUGUGAAAGCACAGGAAAGAGCUGCUGUGCUGGUGUCUGUUCCCUGCCUUCUUUCUUUGCCUUCUUUCUUUCUUUCUUGAAAUGAUUUUUAUUAGAGAUUUUCAUGAUCUACAAAGAACGUGCAAUGUCUUUCUCUCUUUUGAUCAGAUUAUAGUCAUACCUCGGGUUAAAGUUGCUUCAGGUUGAGCGUUUUCGGGUUGCACUCUGCGGCGACCCGGAAGUAACGGAAUGCGUUACUUCCGGGUUUCGCCGCCCGCACAUGCGCAGACGGUCAGAAUGACGUCACAUGCAUGUGCAGAAGCGGCGAAUCGCGACCCGCGCAGAUGCGGGUUGUGUUCACUUCAGGAUGUGAACGGGGCUCCGGAUCCCGUUUGCAUCCAGAGGUACCACUGUACAGUAUAAAGUCUUUUGAUUACGUUCAAUGCAAAAUGUAAAACAAUGAUUUCAAAGGUAGGGGAAGAGGGCAGAGGGUGGGUAGUGAACUUACACACUAUCUUGUUGUUUUGUCAACUUGAUAUUUCAUGACAGUGUCUAUUGAGUAGGUUUUCUUUCUGUAAAUUUGUUGGUUUAUACAGUAUUGGCGAUGAGAGAAGAUUAGGGAGGCAGGGCAUGUUUAUUUGCCUUUAAUGAACUGUAGUGAGAUUUGUUUGUGUUUGUGGAAGGGGGGUAUGGAAUAUUGGGUCAAGUUAGCCAUAUUGAUCUGUAUGCUGGUGGUAGAUCCCUGCUAUCAUUGUUGUCAGUUUGCGCUCUGUGUGUAAUAAAAGGGAGCUAUACUGGGAUGAAGGUGUCCUCGUGUCAGUUUUAGUUUGUUGGUUAACUUUUCUAAUAAGGCCAUUUCCCAUACAAUUUGGUACCAAUGGUCCAUACUUACUCCGGACAAGUCUCUCCAGUGUCUAACUAUUACGUUUCUGGCCACUGAGAGUAGGUGAGUCAUAAGCUCUUUGUGGUGCAAGUGAGCGUUAUUGUCUUGGAAAAUAUUUAAUAGGGCCAAUUCUGGGGUGGGUUCCAAUAUCUGCUUAUAUACGUUAUAUAUUUUUUGUAGGACUGCUGUCUGAAAGGGUUGGAUUCAGGGACAUUUCCACCACAUGUGGAGGUAUGUGCCUGUAGAAGUACAGCCUUUCCAGCAUUUUGGUAAGGUUCCUGGAUGUAUUGAUGCCAAUUUCCUCAAUGUCAGAUGCAAUCAAUAGAUAAGUUUCAAAGUGAGAUCCCUUCUUUUGACUGAGAUGUAUUUAAAGGGAUGUUUGGACCACAUUGUAGUCCAUUGGGUAGAAUUUAUUUUGUAACCUAUGUCAUGUUCCCAUUGUUUUUUAAUUGUGUCGAGUAAGAUUGCAGGGUUGUGAAGCGAUAUUUUUAUAUUGCAGAUACCAUCCCUCUACCAUGUCCAUCUGCCAACAAAAGAAGCCUUUCAAAGGCGGUCAAGAGCCUAGUGGCCGCCGCUUUUACUGUUGGGAUAUUUAGGAAAGCAUGUAGUUGAUGGUGUGUUAGUCAGGGUACUUGAAUGUACCCUAAUUUAUCCUGUAUUUCCUAUGUUGAUAUGGGUUUAUUGUUUAUGUAAAAAUCUGCUAAACUGUAUAGGUCUUUGGUUUGCCGUGUUUCUAUGUGAAAGUUUUGAGCUGCAUGACGGAAUAACGGGUGAUGAGCCAAAGGGAUUAGUGGGGAUGGUCUAGGUCUUAAGCAUGGAUAGUGUGAAUCUAUUGAUUGUUGAGGGGAGUUUUCUCAGCUCGUGUUGGAGGAAUGGGAAUGCAGUAGUGGGAAUGUUUUCCAAUGUGUGCAUCUCCAAGCGUACCCAUCGUAUGGUCUCUUCUUCCAAAAUAUAUUGGAUUUUGUGGCACACUUGAUUAGCGAUGUAAUGUUGGGAAUUCCCCAACCCCCUUGGGGCUUAUUUUUGGGGCUUAUUCUUGACUUUUUGUUUGGGAAAAUGAAUGACUGUAUUUUUUCCUGCCAUUUACAGAAUUGGAUUGACGGAAUCCAGAUUGGAAAGGUUUGGAAUAAGUAGGUUAAUUUUGGGAGAAUGAUCAUUUUGACCAUGGCUAUUUUAUCUGAGGUGAUGGGAGGUGACAUCUGCAGCAGCGGCCUGCGAGGCCUCACGACAGCGAUGGGAGGCAGCAGCAGUAGCAAUGGCGGCCUGCAAGGACUCACAGCAGUGACAGGAGGUGGCAGCAGUAGCGGCUGUGACCUAUGAGGCCUCAUGGCUGUGACAGGGAGAGGUGGCAGCGGACUGCGAGGCCUUGUGGCAGUGACAAGAAAUGGCAGCAGUAACGGCAUUGGCCUGCGAGGCCUUGCAGUGGCGACAGGAUUUGGAAGCAGAAGCGGCAGUGGCCUGCGAGUCCUCACAGCAGAGGCCUGAGGUGACACGCAGCAGUGGCAGGAGGUGACUGCAGUAGCGGCAUCCUGUGAGGCCUUCUGGCAGUGACAGGAGAUGGUGGCAAUAGUGGCAGGCUGCAAGGCUUCAUGGUGACACAAGCAGUGGGAUUUCCAAGGCCUCACCAUGGUGGGAAGAAGCGGUGGCAGCCUGCAAGUCCUCCUGGUGGUAGUGGGAGAUGGUGGCAGAAGCUGGGGCAGCCUGCCUCACUGAGGCCUUGCAGGCUACCUCUGCUUCUGCCACCAUCUGCUGCUGCCACCACGACAAGGCCUUGCAGGCUGCUGCCAUAUCUGCCACCUAGCAGGCCUGCUGGCAGUCUGGCAGUCUCAGAUUAUUUGUAUUCACUAUGACUCAACACCGUACUUUGGAUUGUUCUGAAUACCACCAUUUGGUAGUCAAGCCCAAAGCCAAAAGUCUCAUUUGGAUUCAUCUUGGCUUGCCUGCUACUGAAAGUGACCAUGAGGUGAUUGAUAAUAUCAUCAUUUAUCAGUUUUAGACCCUUAGGUAGCAGUUGCCAGGACAUUGUCCCGUUCGCCUCUGCGUAGUUCCUUCCUUAUUUCAGAUAUUGUGAUAUAUCGAUAUAUUGCAAUCUUUAACGCGAUAUUGAAAACCGGUUAUCAUCCAGCCCUAGCAGCCGCACUGUGGUUUGCCAGAUGGGAAGGCAUCACAGAGUUUUGCAGGGCCUCUGCGAUUGCUUUGUCUUGCUUCCCCCUGCUCGCAUUAACAUGAAGAAUGGAGAUUGGUAGUGCCCAUAGCACUGCUGCCUUUUCCCAGCGGUUGUAUGUGAUGUUAUUUUUAGUUCAUGGCAUUUAUAUCCCACCUUUCCUCCGAGGUGCUGAAGGUGGUGUGCUUGGUCCUCUUCCCCCUCCUCUCGGGUUUAAUACUGGGAGAGAAAGAGAUUAUUCUGCUGGCAUUAACACCCGGUGAGAGGGAGCAAAGAUUGAUAAUGACUAUAGGCCUGAUGCGUUUCCCCAAAAUUGGGGGUGCUGUCAUUCCCCCAGCCCCUGCUUUAAUGCCGGAAGAGAAUGAAAUUGUGUUGGCAGGUGUGUUAAAAGGCAAGAGAUGAUCCACCAGACCUGCAUUUCAAAGGUUAGUGUAGUGGAAAGAGUGAGAGGAGGAGUUACUUAAUUUGCCACUGAUUUCCAUGUUUGCCAUCAUGAGUUUAUGUAUUGCCUUAGCAUGUGCAGUUCCUUCAUCUAUUUAAGCUCGGCUACUGAAGACAACUGGAGCUGCUUGCUGCCUGAAGUUGUGGUUCCAUCCCUUCAGAUCACUACACCUUGUGUUGUCACUUGUGACGUUAUUUUUUGCUGGGGCAGUAGAGUGUGUUAGGCCAUCACAAGGUGGCUCAAAAGAUUGAUUUUACACUUGGUCCCUGAUGGAGGGAUCCCUGCACUUGAUUUUACACGGUCCCUGCUUGGAGGGAUCGUCUAUAAACACAAACGCAGCCAUCGGUUAAAUUUGUAGUGUGCAAAUUAAUCUUCAAACUCUUCGGGUCCUUUCUAAUACUGCAAAUCUAUGGGUCUGCUGGCACAAGAGAGCUGAGUUAAUUAGGAAGCUGCCUUAUAUUGACUCAGGCUACUGGUUCAUCUAGCUCACUAUUGUCUACCUACACUGACUGGCAGCUACUGCCCAGGCAUUCAGGCAGGGAAAUCUUCCUACAGAGACUGGGGACCGGGUCUCAGGCCUUCUUUGUGGAAAGCGCUUGCCAAGGAGAAUCCUGAAAACUAGUUUGUGGAAGGUGCUGGGAUUUGUAGUUGUGCGAGGCCAGCGCCCUUCACAGAUUAUGGUUCCCAGGAUUCUCCAUGGUUCUUGAAGUGGAAUAAGAGUAAUUUUAAACACCCAGUGCAACUGCGACCCAAGAGGGAAGCUGCAUUUCAAGAUAGGCUUUGUUCCUCCUCUCUUUCCUAGUAUUUUGUCAGCAGCAAAAAAAACUCCACAUGGCAGUCAGAAGUCCAGCCCAGCUCUUUAAAGGGGGAAGUAUCUAAAAUAGCUGAAAAGGGGAAGCAGCCCUCUCAGCAGGCAGGGCAAGCCAGCUGAUAGGCAUGCAACUCUCCUCUUGGCUCACAGCUCUAGGGUGUUGUGACCCAGCGGCUCUUGCAGGCGGACUCAUUCAGCCCUCAAGUCUGCCUCCGUGAAGGAAGGAAGUCGUAGGUGCUAAAAAUGGAAACAUUUUUUUAGGCCAGCCAUUCAGAGAAUCUCCCAGCAGUGACGCUUUUAAUUGCUUGCAACCAGGCAUAAAAAAACCCUGCCUGUCUUGUUGAAUAUUCAUUGGGCAAUAGUUAAUUUCUGAAUCUUCUAAAUAAGUCAGCAACAAGAGCCUUUUUGCACUUUAAUUUGCUGGUUAUGUUUUACCGUGUUUCCCCUGGGGCCUGCUGUGGUUAAAUCUGUAAAUUGGAAAAUGGAGAGAUCCGAGUUUCUAAGCACUUUGGGGUAUCUCAUGGGCAAGGUGCAGGGAGCCAAAGGUAGUGCAGAUGCCUCUAAUACCUGACGUAUCAAUUGCAUCAAGCAUAACUGCUGCACGGUGUGUGUGAAGGUGCCUUGGGAUGUAAAUUGCAGUGUGGUUCACACAGUAGGUUCCACAUGAUUCAGCGGACAGGAUCUUACCCUGUCACUGCUUGCCUGUAACCCUAGAGCAGGGGUCAGCAAGGUUUAUCUUGCCUGGGCUGGAUUAGUCCCGCCGAGAUCUCUCUGUGGGCCGGAUCAUGUGCCCCCCCCCCCACGAUUUUCAGUGUCUGCGCAUGCAUAGAUGCGAUUUUUGGUGCUGCAGAAGUGAGUCCCCACAUUGUGCUGUGCUGGUUUAGCACAGCACGCAAGCGGGCAGCUCAGUUCGGGGGCGGCUAGUGGGCCGGUCAAACGACCUCCAAGAGUGUUUUACACCUUUCAAAAAGUUAAAGUAACAAUAGAUUAAAAACAAAUUAGAACUCACAUCAAUUUUCUAAACAUCUGGGGAGGCUUCUCUAAACAGGAAUAUUUUUAGCAGGCGCCGAAAGGAGUACAGGGAAAGUAGCUUCCUGGAGUCGGUGCUAGAAUAUCGAGUUCUUACAAAUAUGGAACAGGUAUUAUGUGUGGGCACAUAUGGGGGUAAGGUGAUCUUGUUGGUACACUGGUCCCAAGCUGCUAAGGGCUUUUAGUAGCACCUGCCCCAGGAGCAAAUCAGUAACCAGUGGAGAUCUCUGAGCCCAGGUAUUAUAUGCUGACAAGGCCUCCUGUCAGCAAUCGUGCUGCAGCAUUCUGCACUCACUGCAGAAGCCCCACAUAGAGCAUAUUGGGGUAAUGCAGCCCAAUCCUGCGUUCCAGUGUUAGCAUGGGUGGGAUCUGAGGUCUCUUUUUCACAGGUUGAGAGCAAAAUAGGGAGAAAUUACAGCCAAUGGGUAUGAAGGAGGCACAGAACAGGACAGCUGAGGCUGUUCUUGCAGAAGGUCAGAUGGUCAUUUCCGGCACCAAAUGAUGACACAUGCUCCAGUUUAUUGAAGAAUGCUGGGACAGGUUGUGAUGUCGGCUGCUUUUUAAAACAAAACAAGUUGCAGUCUAAAUUCUUACGCCGUGAUCCAUGCAGACAGAAUGCAGAAAUUCUUGUUGGCUUCUUGGGAUAGUUGCAAAACUUUCUGUGAAAAUACUGGUCUUUACCUGUUUCCUUAUUUUUUGUUUUCCGCACUUGUAUCCAGUGAUAACUUCCCCCUCUCCUAUGGGCAAAGUUGAAGCAUGAAGUCAAGACGACCGAAAGGCAUUGAGGAAAUUGCAAAAUGAGACAAUUCCUGCUUUUAAGGGCGAGCGCUUCAAACUUUCACUGAUGUUUAGGAAGGAUCUUGGGGUCUUAGGUGACCACAAGCUUAGCACAUGAGUCAGCAGUGUGAUGCAUCAGCAAAAAUAAAAAAAAAGCUAAUGCAAUUCUAAGCUGCAUCAAUAAAAGUAUAGUGUCCAGAUUAAGAGAAACCACAGUACCACCCUAUUCUGCCUUGUUCAUAUCCCUCUUGGAGUCCUGUGUCCAGGUCUGGGCACCACAAUUUACAGAGGAUAUUGACCAGCUGGGUGAUCAAGGGUCUGGAAACCUAGCCUGAUGAGGAACAGUGGAAAGAGUUGGGUAUGUUUAGCCUGGAGAAGAGGAGACUGAGAGGAGAUAAGAUAGCCAUCUUUAAGUAUCUUAAGGGCUGUCACAUGGAAGAGGGAGCAAGCUUGCUUUCUCCUGUUCCUGGAGGGUUCACAUUCCAAGAAAGGGAGUUAUUCUGACUAAACUCUAGGAAGAGCGUUCUGAGGGUAAGAACCAUUCAACAGUGGAGGUUAGAUGGCCAUCUGUCAGGGAUUUUUUAGUUGUGAUUUCUGCAUUGCAGGGGAUUGGACUAGAUGGAGUCCCUUCAAACUCCACAAUUCUAUGUUCUCUUGGAACAUUUGACUAAGUAGUAGGGAGGACAGAACGAGAUUAAUGCUCGUUUGAGUCCUGCCAGUGCUAGGAAGCCUGCAGCGCCAUGAGAUUGAGAGUUGGCAGAUUGUUAGAUUAUGGUCUAGACACUUGUGGCGUAGUAAAACCUGGGUCCUUUACUGCAUGUGAGAUAAGCAUCCAAGCACUAAUUUUAUGUGAAAGAAUAGGCUGUCUCCUACUCAGCGUCAGGAGCACUCUAUUCCUUGACUAGAGGGUGAGUUUUCUGUAUUUUUGUUUAUAGGCAAUUAAAUUACUUGCCAAUUAGACUGAGUCAAAAUUAAAUUUUGAAAUGGCUCAGAGAUACGAGGACCAAAUGCAUGCUGCUCCCUUUGCAAGUUGCUGGGCUGUGUAAAAGCAGCCACAGAAACAAAAGCAUCAACCUUGUUGUUGGCUGGAGGCUACCAGGUGCACAGAGCCGGCAUUGUAGGUUUUCUGGACUGGCAAAUCUGCCCUUGAGAAAAACAACAUCCUGUUAGCUUAUUUAAUAGUGAACUCACACUUAAAAUAGGGAACGCGGGUGGCGCUGUGGUCUAAACCACAGAGCCUAGGGCUUGCUGAUCAGAAGGUCGGCGGUUUGAAUCCUCACAACGGGGUGAGCUCCCGUUGCUCAGUCCCAGCUCCUGCCCACCUAGCAGUUUAAAAGCACGUCAAAGUGCAAGUAGAUAAAUUGGUACCGCUCCGGUGGGAAGGUAAACGGCGUUUCCGUGCGCUGCUCUGGUUCACUGGUCAUGAUCUGGAAGCUGUACGCCAGCUGCCUCGGCCCAUAAAGCGAGAUGAGCACAGCAACCCCAGAGUCGUUCGCGACUGGACUUAACAGUCAGGGGUCCCUUUACCUCAUCCAUACAUGUGCUUAUAUAGACAAAGCUGGGCCAUCCAUGCUCAAGAAGGGAGGUGUCAACAGACUUCGGUGAGGGGAAUCCCAAGGUUUACAGAAAUGCAAAAUAUUUAAGGAAAUAUUUGAGGAGGGGGAAGCCCCUUGAGGAGGGGAAGCCCCUCCCCUCCCCUUAGAACUGUGCAUGCUUGGAAUACUGAUUGUUGGUUAGGAGGGGGAAAACCACAGCAGGAAACUUGGAUGGGAGGAUGGAAUGGAGUUCCUUGGUAAAGGGCAUGGUUGGCCCUGGACGGGAACACUCCCCACUGCAACAUUCUGUUGCAGGCACCAUCUUUUUUGCAAAACAAAAUAUAAGUCUAGUUGUGCCAUAAGGAAUGUUGCUUCUCAUGCUCUUUUUUACAGUCUUAAAUUGUUUACUUAAAAACAAGGGCUUUGCUAAAUUAAAAUAAAACAAAAGCUCCAGUUUAUUAUAUUUUUCCUGACAUUUUCUUGUUCCCUGUUUGGUACUUUGAUUGGUAUGAUCUGUUGGGUUUUGACUGUGUGUGUGUUUAUAAAUAUUACUGUUUUGCCAUACCAUAAAAUAUAAGGGCAGUGUGCAAAUUUAAAAUGUGAAACACCAUUUAAAAAAUAAAAAUGCAGAUUAUCAUUAAGAUGACUGCCUAACCAAAACUAAAAGCAUAAACAGCUGCAAAGGCUUGUCGGUUCCCAAGACAAAAGCGAGGAUGUCUGCCGAAUCUUUGCUGGAAUAGUGUUCCAGAGCAUGGGAUCAAUGACACCCAAAAUGUUGACAAGUGCUUCUGUUAAAAAAAAGUGCUGGAUGUUGUUGCAAGAAACCUUGAGUGACUCAUACUGAGGAAGAAAGGCACAAUAAAUAUCUGUUAAAUAAUUUUAUUAAAUAAAUGUUAUUUAUUAUUCAGACUUUAACUUUGCCCUUCCAUCAAGUUAUAUUACUGAGACUUUUCCCUUCAGUGAAUUUAUCUCAGUAGCUUAUGAUAAACAGGAAUUGUCUACCUUUUCAGGCCCAUUUGGAUUUUUGAGUAGGUGCCAUGCCCUCUGGGUGGUGGAGUAGAGUUAAUUGAAGCCUUGGAAAGUGCAUAGAGCUGGAAGAGGGAAGUGGGAGAGGACAGGGUCACCGCUCUAACUUCCUCCUUCAGUUCCAUGGUUUUUCUCAAAGGAAGAAAGGGUAACCACUCAUACCGAGGGGGCAGUGAAAAAGAGAAGGUUCAGAGACUUUGUGGGCACCAGGGGAAAGACAUGAACGUCACCCCCAUGUUGGCAAACCGUCCAUUAGAAAGCAGAUGAGAGUAAUAUGUGAAAAUAAGCUUAAAAUAGCAAAUUGGUGAAAGUAGCAUUAAAUACACAAGACAGAAUAAAGCAAGACUUGACAUUUAAAAGGAGAGGAAACCCGGGGAAAUGGGAAGGAAAGGCCCUCUUCUUGGCAUCGGGGAAGACACCUGAGUGGGCACCCGGUUCACCUCUGCGAGGAGCACAUGCCAAAUGUACACAUUAACAGCAUUCCAGAUAUACGGUACUCUAAACCAGGGGUCAGCAAACUAUUUCAACAGGGGGCCGGUCCACUGUCCCUCAGACCUUGUGGGGGGCAGGACUAUAUUGGGGGGAUGAUGCAAGAGCACCAUGAGUCCCGGUGGCUGCUUACCUGUUUCUUGUGAGCAGCAGGAGCUGGCGGCGGUGGCGGGGGGCGAUGAGUGGCACAUGAAGCUCUGGAGAGGGGCUGCUUAAAAUGGCAGCCACUGGAGUGCUGCUGUUGCUGUUACCAACAAAGCCCAGCCCCCUUCCUCCUCUAGGCAGGGCAGGGAGAAGCCAAGAGGAGGGAGGGAAGGAGGAGGUGGCGUCGCCGCCGAGGGAGGGAGAGGGAAGGAACAUGUGAGCUGGCGAUCCAGCGGUGAUUCCUGGACCGUCCACGGGUUGGAUCCAGAAUGCAAUUGGGCCUGAUCUGGCCCGCAGGCCUUAGUUUGCCUACCCAUGCUCUAAACAGAACCACAUGCAGAUCUCUGUGUGAAUGCCAUACAUCCAAACAUGGAUAUUUUCUUAUUAAGACCAGCAAAUGACUUAGAGCUUGUUACUGACAUCAGGAAAUUUCGAACAAAAUAUCCCAAAAGUCCUGAUCUGUGCUUGCAGUUUCUGAAACAGAGCUCACAGGGUUCAAGACAAUUUAGCACAUAAAAAGUAUGUUUGGGGGUGGGAAGGAUUGGACCCUUCCACCACACCCCACUCUCCUGGAUUCCCCUAGCAGUCACACGUUCGCUGCAUUUUAUUUGAGCUCCUUGUAGGGAAGGUGGGAUAUAAAUUUGUAUUUUAUUUAUUUAUUAAAUUUAUAUACCACCCUUCAUCCGUUGAUCUCAAGGUGGUUCACAAGGUAAAAAAUACAAUAUAAAAACACAAAAUACAUAUAUAUAUACGAAUAUAAAACCAAAUCGAAACAAAACAACAACAAAAACCACCACAUUUAAAAGGUGUUAGGAUGUUCAUCAGCCAAAGACCUGGUUAAACUGUGCAGUAAAUGCCAUCAAUAAAAAUGAAAACUAAGUGUCAGGAUGGGGGCAGUAGCAGUCCCUAGUGGCAAAAGCCUCUUCCUUAGUGGGCAGUCAGGGUCAGGGAGAGCUGGGUUCAAGUCAUUGCUCAGCUGACUUUGGCCAAGGCCAGCCACUGGCCCCUUAAUCUCCAUAUUGUCCACACUGACAGGCAGCAGUUCUUCAGGGGCUCAGUGUUUCCGUCAGCCCCAUCUGGAGAUGCAGCCAUGGCUUGAACCCGGGUUCUUCUGCAUUCCAAGCAGCAACUCUGCCUCUGGGCUAACAGUUCUCCCCAUUUGACCUUCCCAAGGAGUUUAUGCACCUUUAUUAUCACGGCCAGAGUUCAUUUUCCAAACCUCUGCCUGCUUGGGGUCUUCAGUCACUCCUCCAGGACAAUAAAAUCCCUCCUUUUAGCUUAUCGCAUGGACCCCUUUUGCUGCGGCACUGAGGAAAUACAAUAAGAACAAUAAUUCCUGCCAAGCCAUGCAUAUUUUUUCCCCUUUGGAAUCAAGGAAAGUACACUGGGCUGUUGUUGUUUUAUGCAAAAGCCGUCGUUUCUCUUCCCUUUUAGUGCUCUGUAUUCUUCCUUCCAUUCCCCCCUCCCCUAUCCUGGCUCCCCCACCACCACAAAAAAUAAAAUAAAAUUGCAGAUUUGAUUCACUCUUAAUCCUUAGCAAUUUGGCAAGCUUCAACGGAUGUUGGAUCCUGCUGCAGCUUUGGAAAAAAGAACCAAAGGCUUGCAGGUGAAAUUGCCCUUAUUCUAUUCUCCCCUCCCCACCAUAUUGAGGAAGAGCCUCUCUUUGGACUGGGCCUGGGGGGUGGGAGCCCAGCCUGCGUGAGCUGGCCUCUUGCAACAUGGAAGAAUGUGUGUGUGAGAGAGAGUGAGAUACGGGAACCACUUUCCAUUGUCUGUAGGGCUGAAGGUUGAGCCAGCUUGCAUUCUGCUGCUCCUGAGGGCAGGAACCUUCCUUGGAAUGCUUUUAAGCAGUCCUCUGCCAGGGAUUCUUUAGCUCUGAUUCCUGCAUUGCAGGGGGUUGGGCUGGAUGGCCUUUGGAGGUCCCUUCCAACUCUACCAUCCUGGUGUGUGCAUGCUUGUGGCGGCGGCAAACGGCUCUUUGAAACCACCCCUGGCGGACGUGGGCAGUUGCCGUGGAGCUGGUCCCUGUGGCGUUUCCGGAGAACUGGCGGGCGGCGUGAGAAUCCUGGGUUACCGCAGUUUCAGCUUUUCUGCCGCGGCUGCUGCAGGCAGGCAGGCUCUCUGCUGCUUCUCGCCUGCUCUCCCUUCCCCCACCUUCCCUCUUCCCCAGAGCCGCAAGAGAGAAGAGGAUGUGAGUGUGUGUGUGUUUGUGUGUGUGUCUGAAGUGGAGCCGUCUUCCAAGUGCACCCCGACAGUUGUCAUGUAUCGUUGGUUCCUUGCUCCACUUGUUAUAUAACACAAGAUGCUUCUCAGCUUCUGUUCUGGUCUUGUAAGUGCACCUUCCUUUUUCUCCCCUUUUUUGCAAGAUCCAUCCCUGCUGCUGCUGCUGCUGCUCCUCUUCCCAGCCCACCUCCUUUCCCUCUUUCUUCUUUUAAAAAUUCAUCUGUAAUUCAAGUUGACCGAGAAGCUGCUAGCUGAGUCCCACGACGCAGCGCUCCUCCUCCUCCACCAUCGCCACAUGGACCCAGUGAAUGCUGGGCGCUACCAAACGGGGAGGUUCUGAAUCGGCAGAAAGUGGGAGAGGAGGCCGGCUGCGUGGGGCUUCGAGGCUUGUGCAGAAGGGCAGGCGCAGCCUGGAGGGCGAUGGGGAGUGGUGGCAGGUGAGACUUUUCCUUCCCAGCUGGUCAUGUCCGCCUUGACAGGUAAUUGGAAGAGAGCAGCAACAGCAGCGGAGGGAGGGAGUGGGGUUGGGCAGGGCCAGGGCCAUGUCGGAGGGAUGGUAGUGGGUAGAGAACACCUGCUUGGCAUGCAAAGGGGCCCCACUUUGAUCCCUGCUGGCAUCUCCCAUUCUGACAGGGGUGGGGUACCUCCUCCCCACAUUGAUUGAUGGGCGGCCACCCAGGGGCCAUAUGCUGAUAGCGGUGGGCCCAACCAGGGGCAGAGGUGAGUGUCGUGACAGACAUUGGUUGGAUGUCAGAGUUCGGAUGCUUUAGUUGUGAUUCCUGCAUUUCAGGGGGUUGGACUUGAUGGCCCUUGGGAGUCCCUUUCAACUUUACAAUUCUAUGUAACCUUACCUUUUUGGACGAUAGGCUUGCUUUGCAAAUAAUAAUAAUAAUAAUAAUUUUUUAUUACAGUAGUACCUCAGGAUGAGAAUGGGAUCUGUUCCGGAGCCCAUUUCACAUCCUGAAGAAAACGCAACCCGCGACUGCAUGUGUGCGGGUUGUGAUUCUGUUUCCGCGCAUGUGCGUGACGUAAUUUUGAGCGAAACCCAGAAGUAACACGCUCCGUUACUUCCGCGGAGCGCAACCCGAAAGUGCUCAUCCUGAAGCAUAUUCAACCCGAGGUAUGACUGUGUUAUUUAUACCCCGCCUAUCUGGCUGGGUUUCCCCAGACACUCUGGGCGGCUUCCAACCGAAUAUUAAAAACAAUACAGCAUCAGACAUUAAAAACUUCUCUAAACAGGGCCGCCUUCAGUUGUCUUUAAAAAGUAAAAUAGUUGUUUAUUGCCUUGACAUCUGCACACACAUGCUCCUCCCUCCAGGCAAGUCAUAGGCAUUCUCAGAGUUCGGGGGCAAAUUCCUGCUGGGCAACAACACUUGCAGAGAUUGUGAGGGAGGGCUGGUCAGGCUUAGGAAGAGUCCUGAGGGCCAGGUGAAGAGGCCCAAAGGGCCACACACAGGCCAGUGACUCUCAACCUCUAACUUAAAAUGCUUUGGUAGCAGGUGAUCAGAAAGGUCUGUGCAUGAAACCCUGGAGAGCUGCUACCAUUCAGAGCAGACUGUACUGGGCUAGGUGGACCAAACAGCCUGACCUCGAAUAAGGAGCUUGGCUGUGUGCCAGCUUCUCAUCCAGCUGUAUACACUUCAUUAUUUGUACAUUUGUAUGUAAGAGGUGCUUGUGGGGGGGGGCAGCCCUUAUUUUCCUGGAAGGUAUUCUAAUCUCCGGUAUUAGGGAGCCAGCUGUUGUUCAGGGGUGAACACUCUGCACAUGCUCUCAUCUCAGUUGCUUCUUGCUGUUCCAGGAGCAGAGUCUGCUCUUAAGCACUGUAUUUCACAGGCAGCAUUUAUUAUUUCCCCCUUUUACAUUUUACCUUCCUCCAAGGAGCCCAAUUGCACUCCUUUCCCCUCCUCUCAACAAGCCUGUAAGGUAGGCUUGAGGGUCGCAAGGUUGCCCGAUGAGCUUUGUGGCCGAGUGGGGAUUUGGGCCAAGGUCUCCAGGUACUGUCUGCUGUGCCACAUGGGAAGAAGCUCUCUAGAUGCUCCUUCCAAAACAACGUGCCCAGAUUUGCUCCUUAAAGGGAAGAGGGUGCAAUGCAGAAUUGAGUGAUUGUGUUGUUAGGAAGAUUCUGGACACUUUAUUGCACAUUCUUUCCAAAUUGUUUGCUGGGGAGUUAGAUUCCGUUACAUCAAAACAAGGGUUAUCCAGUGUGUCUCCCUGUAAAUUUCCUUUAUUGCAAAAAGUCUGACGGGGCGGGGGAAGCAUGUUUGUUGCACAAGGGUCUCAGCACCAAGUUGAACUGCACAACUUGUUGUGCCAGCAUAGGAUGGAAUCCCUCUCCGCAAUAGCGAUUGCCUCCAUCCUUGCUCCCAAGACCAUGAGUCAUUCUUGCAUUUACCCUCCUCCCCCCAGGCACCCCUCUCUCUCCUAUCAGGAUUUCUCCCUGUCCCGUAGGCCACUUGGCAUAGCAGGGGAGAAUCAGAAAGGAGUUGAAGGAUCAAGUCUGAACCAGAUACCCUUCCUCAAAGGCAGAGAGAGUUUGUCAGCACAGAUUAUGCCCAUUUCUCUCUCCCUCUGUCUUUAGCUUUAUGAACGAAUUCCUAUGCCCCCCAAAUAACCCAGAGAUGCAUUUUAAAUAAAAGCACACAUUCUAGUCAUGUAAAAACAUGCUGAUUCCCGGACCGUCCGCAGGCCGGAUUUAGAAGGCAAUUGGGCCGCAUCCGGCCCCUGGGCCUCAGGUUGCCUACCCCUGAUUUAAGAUGCUUUCAAAAGCUGGCUGGCCUCCCUGAGUCACACAAGUCCUGCUCCUGUUUCGAUAAGAUGCUCUGUUGGGCUAUGGCUCAGUGGUGGAGCAGCUACGUGGCAUGCAGAAGGCCCUAUGCCUGAUCCCCAGUGGCAACUCCAGGGGGAGCUGGGGGAGCCCCUUGCCUGAAAUCCUGGAGAGCCAUUGCAGCUGGUCAGUGGGGAGAACUAUGGCGUGAUGUGGGCCAGCAGUUUGACUGGCAAGAAGCCUACUUUUCUUGGCCACCAGUCUGGUGCCCGCUGGGUGCUUGGGACUGCUACUCACAUCCGCCCCUGUCAGCCUGGCCGUUUGGGGCUGGAGCUGAGAGUUGUCAUCGCUUGGAGCAGCUGGAGGAUAGCAGGAUUGCAAAGGUUGGAGUGGUGUAUUGGGACUCUCACCAGCUGCAGGUCUUGUCUGUCCUGAGUCUCUCAACUUCAUGAGAUGGUCCAGAGUUAGAGUACUUGGAGACAGGGAGGAAAUGUGUUCAUUUUGUGGCUACAGGGCCUGGUUUUUGUCCUGUGGGGAGGGAGGGAGGCUGUGUUUCGGAACAAGAAUGCUAUAUUGGGAUGUAAGGGCUGUUCCCUGGUCCGAGGUGGCGCAGUUCAGACAUGUCCCUCAUUCCGGCCACCCUCUGCUGUGCUGAUCCUGGGCUUUGGGGCUCCAUCUGCUGCCCUCUCUGCUCAGAGAAUCUUUGACUGUCUUGCAGGGCCUAAAAAUAGAUCUGGCAAAGGAAGGAAGAGCAGUUAUGAAAAGUGGAAGAGAAAAUUUAAAAAAGCGAACUCCUAGAGGCUAGGGCAGGGUUGGGGGGCCUUUUCCACCACGAGGACCCUAACCCCUUCCUGGUUGGAGGGGGGCCAGUGGGAUGCAGGUCAAAGGGAGGGCAGGGCAAAGGUGAACAGAACAAGGGAGGUAAAUUGGAGCCCCCCUGUUUUCUAUUACUGCAUUUCUUGUGAUUGUAAGGGGUUUUUUAAAAACAGUUUUUUAUGUUGCAUUUUAAAUUUGUGUAACCUCUUCCUGGACCUUAGGGCCAGGGCCGUAAAUAAUAAAAAUAGCAUAAUAAGAAUCCCCCCUCACUUUUCUACAGUAGGCUACAAUAGGGGGCUUUUUAAAGCACCGCACUAGAUUCCUGAUUAACACCUUUAGUUGUAUCUUUAUAUAUUUUUAAAAGACUGUUGCCCUAUAUGUCUUUAAAUGACUUGUUACUGUUUUACAUGUUUUUUAGAUGUUAAAAAUUGGUUUAAAAUAUGUUUUUAUCUUAUUUUUAAUUGCAUUGUUUUGUCACGUUUGUGUUUGCUUCCCUGGGCUCCCUGAGAGGAAGAACGGAAUAUAAAUUUAUAAACAAGCACUCUGUGGCCUAGAUUUUUUUUUUUUAAAGGGCCAGGCCGUCUCCAUGAGGAAAAGGCCAUAGCUCAGCAGUGGAGCAUCUGCUUUGCAUACAGAAGGUCCCAGGUUCAGUCCCUGGCUCCUCCUGGAAGGGUUGAGAGAGACCCUCAUCUGAAAUCUGGAGAGCUGCUGCCAGUCAGUGUAGCAACACUGGCAUGGAUGGCCCAUUGGUCCAGCGUGUUACCAGACAUUCUCCUGCCUUCAUUCACGGGCUCUUCCCAGCACCGCUGGUCAGGUGCCCCCCUUGCACAGCUCCCAUCCUCUCAGCCUCCCACUCCAGGCUCUGCCAGAUGCCCAGGCAGAAAACGUAAGGCUUCCCUGGGAGCCAGAUGUGAAAUAAUCACAUUCGCUUGGAAGAGUUUAUCCUAAUCCCUAGCAGACGGAGAGUUUUCGUUCGCUAAGGCAGGAGGAUUAUUCUCACCCCCCUCUCUGCACUGCCCCCAAACUUGCAGUGCACUUCGGGGGGGGGGGGUGAACCAAACUCCAACAAUUUCAUGAGUCUGCACGGUUCUCUAUUUUUGAGAGCAGCUGUCAAGGGUGGGGCCCUCAGGCCUGGACUGCAGGAUCUAGCUCUGCCCGGUGUUAACCUCAUCUCUACUGGGGUAUUGACCUCUGCUUGAAAUAGCAGAUGGUGGUGGACUCUCCUUCCCUGGAGGUUUCUAAGCAGAGGUCAGGUGGCCUCCUGCCAAGAAUUCUUGGAAUAAUUAUUAUUAUUAUUAUUAUUAUUAUUAUUAUUAUUAUUAGUGCCAAUCUGUCAACAGGGUAUACAAAAAUACAACAAUAGCACACCAGAAUGUCAUGCAUUAUAAGCGUCCCCAAACAGGGCUGCCUUCAGAUGUCUUCUAAAAGUUGUAUAGUUAUUUAUCUCCUUGACAUCUGAAGGGAAGGCGUUCCACAGGGAAGGUGCCACUGCUGAAAAGGCCCUCUGCCUGGUUCCCUGUAACUUGGCUUCUCGCAGGGAGGGAACUGCCAGAAGGCCCUCGGAGCUGGACCUCAGUGUCCAGGCUGAACAAUGGGGGUGAAGAUGCUCCUUCAGGUAUACUGGUCCGAGGCCUUUUAGGUCUUUAAAGGUCAGCACCAACACUUUGAAUUGUGCUCGGAAACAUACUGGGAGCCAAUGAAGAUCUUUCAGGACCAGUGUUAUAUCGUCCUGGCGGCUGUUCCUGGUUACCAGUCAAGCUGCCGCAUUCUGGAUUAGUUGUAGUUUCCAGGUCACCUUCAAAGGCAGCUCCACGUAGAGUGCGUUGUAGUAUUCAAAGCAGGAGAAUCAGAGCAUGCCCACUCUGGUGAGACAGUCCGCGGGCAGGUAGGGUCUCAGCCUGCGUACCAGAUGGAGAUGGUAGACAGUUGCCCUGGACACAGAAUUAACCUGUGCCUCCAUGGACAACUGUGAGUCCAAAAUGACUCCCAGGCUGCGCACCUGGUCGAAGGGUACAGUUACCCCAUUCAGAUCUAGACAGUCCCCGUACCCUGCCUGCCCAAAUAGUACUUUUGUCUUGUCAGGAUUCAACUUCAAUCUGUUGACUGCCAUCCACCCUCCAACAGCCUCUAGACACCCACACAGGACCAUCACUGCCUUCACUGGUUCCGAUUUAAAUGAGAGGUGGAACUGCAUAUUGAUGAACACCCAGCCCAAACCCCCUGAUGAUCUCUCCCAGUGGCUUCAUAUGGAUGUUGAAAAGCAUGGGGGAGAGGCACCCCACAAGUCAGCGCCCAGGGGUCCAAACACCCCACACUACUUUCUGGACUUGACCCAGAAAAAAGGAGUGGAACCACUGCAUAACAGUGUCCCCAACUCCCAGCCCUCCUAGAGGGCCCAGAAAGAUACCAUGGUUGAUGGUAUCAAAAGCUGCUGAGAGACCCAGCAGAACCACGAAACAGCUGUCCACUUCAGAGUCAGGCCAUUGUUCCGCCUCAUUCAGUGUUGUCUUCUCUAUAUCAAGUGGCUGUAGUUUCCCAGCAUUUUAAAUACUGGCCUCAUCAGCACCAUGCAUUCAAAGUGCUAGGAUACCACUCUAAACAGUACCACUUUCCCCCAAAGAAUUCUGGGAGCUGUAGUUUGUUAUUGGCACUGAGAGUUUGUUAAGAGGCUCCUAUUCACCUCCCAGAGCUGCAAUUCCCAGAAUUCCCUGGGAGGAGGAACUGAUUGUUAAGCCACUCUGGGAAUUGUAGCUAUUUGUGGGUAAUAGGGGCCAUAAUGAACUAUAGCUCCCAGAAUUCUUUGGGGGAAGCCAGGAUUGCUUAAAGUGCCCUAUCUAGAGUUGCUGGGGAUCAAACCUUUGACCUUCUACAUACCAAACAUGUGUUCUAACCACUGUCCUUCCGAAUAAGGAAUGCCUUCUCUGUGGGCCAGCAAAGAAGCGAUGCUUUCGGGUCUGCAGCCAUGAUGCAGCCAGUGUUCAAAACUCAGAUAUUUAAGCUAGGCGUCAAAUGGCUCCAAAUCAAGAUUGCAGUCGCCAAAACGGAAUGUCUAGUUGCCAAUUUUGGGUAAGACGGCUCUAAAGUCUUAUUUUUCAAAUGAUGGACGGACUGUCAUUGAUUCUCAGUUAAACAUCUGGCCAGUUCAGAUGACAAUCUUGAGUUAGGUUUGAGAACUUAAAGAAAAGUCACUUGAUCCAAGGACAGACCACAUAUAUAUUGGGCUAUUCUGAACUCUCUCUUAAGGGUGACUGCUCCUGCUCAGGUUGCACAGGGAUAGCAAUUUGGUUCCAGAAAUUCAUUCCGAUUGUGCAGAUAAAAUACAACUGAUAGAAUUCUACAAUAUGGGCAAUUAGUGUGUGAAAACAGUCCAGAUACUAUGAUCCCCAGAUGGUGAAGAUGUCAGGCUCCAUCCUGGCACCCAGGCACCUUCAGCUGGUCGCAAAUGAUCGAAAACAAGGUGCAAAAUGCGCUUGAUGCCUGGCUAAUUUCAAACACUGGUUGCAGCCUGUCUCCCAUUCCCCUUUAACCAUGGUUUGGUGCAUGUAGCACUAGCUGGUUAAGAGUGUCCUUAAACCUGGGUUUGGAAACCAGUUUCAGUCCCACAGCCUGGGGGCCACAUUGUGCAAGGGACAGGGAACCUGGGCUUCCAGAGGGCAAGCAGGAAUUUGAGCGGGGUGAGGGUAAAAAAAAUACUUUUUUUUAAAAAAAAAAGUGGUGUUGAAUUUGUGAAACUGAACUGCAUUUCUUAAACAAAUCAACCACUGGACAAAGAAGAAGACAAGCCUGACAAGCCCGGGAUUAAUUCCGAACAAACGGUGCUUUCUGAGCUGCCGUCACUCCCGGGCGGCUACCAUGGGGACGUUUUUGCAUUUCCUGGUAUAGGAGUUCAGGCUGGCAACCACAUUCAAAAACUGUGUUGUGAAAGCAUGCUCUUCCCUCUUGCUGGGGUCACAACUGCACCUUGUGUUUAAAGCACACUGAAAACACACAGGAUCCUGGGAGGGUUUGUUUGCCUCAAUGGAGCUGCAAUUCCCAGCACCCUUAGCAAACUGUAGCUCUCAGAAUUAUUUGGGGGACGCUGGGUGCUCUGUGCCUUAUAUGUACAGUUGAGGGUGCUGGGUAUUGUAGUUCCCAGGAAUAUUUUUGAAUGGGUGUGGGCGUGCUUUGAAUGAAUGGGGUGUGCAAGCCUUCAAGCCUCUCCCUUGGUUGCCAGCAAGCCUUUGGGGGCUUGUAAUGAAAUCUUGCAGGGGACAUGGGUGGCGCUGUGGUCUAAACCACAGAGCCUAGGACUUGCCGAUCAGAAGGUCGGCGGUUCGAAUCUCUGCAAAGGGGCGAGCUCCCGUUGCUCUGUCCCUGCUCCUGCCCACCUAGCAGUUUGAAAGCACGUCAAAGUGCAAGUAGAUAAAUAGGUACCACUCUGGCGGGAAGGUAAAUGGCGUUUCCGUGUGCUGCCAGAAGUGGCUUAGUCAUGCUGGCCACAUGACCCGGAAGCUGUCUGUGGACAAACGCCAGCUCCCUUGGCCAGUAAAGUGAGAUGAGUGUGCAACCCCAGAGUCGUCCGCAACUGGACCUAAUGGUCAGGGGUACCUUUACCUUUACCUUUACUGAAAUCCUGCAGUGAGAGCUUUCUCUACGUCUUCUACUCCAGCAUGAAUCCAUCUCUUUCCCCAGAGCCAAAGGUAGAGAGUCUGGACUUUGGCCGUUGACGUGGACACCUAGUCUAGGAACCUGCUUGGCUGUGAUCGUGUUGCCAAAGGCCACUGACAACUUCACUCUUGUUUUUAAUUUUUAAAAUCAAAACACAGAUCCUUGGGGGUCUGAGCUCUGCUGCCCCCUCCCCCAUCCUUUUUCCUGCCCAGCUCACCUGCUCUUCACCGCAGAGUGCAGAACCAGGUGACUUACUAAUGUGAAUAUUCACGAGAAUGUAAAAUGAAUGCAAAAUAUUUUUUUAAAAAAAGAGAGAGAAUGUAAAAGGAAGCCCGGCUGGGUCAGGCCACCAAUCUUUCAGUUUCUCUUUCUCAGAGGAGCCAAUGACAUGCCUAUGAGGAACAGGCCAUGAAGGUGGCAUUCCUCCCUCGCUGCUUGGCAGUUGCUUUUCAGAGAUAAACUGCCUAUGAACACGGAGGUUUCAUUUAGCGGUGUCAUUGAUAGACCUGCCUUCCAUGCAUUUGCCCAGUUCCCUUUUAAAAACCUAUUGAGCGUUAUUGUAUUUUUUAGCAGCAGCAAGCUGACUCUCUCAGGUGGUGUAGUGGUUAGAGGGUCAGAUUAAGACCUGAGAGAGACCAGAGUUCAAAUCCCUUCUCAGCCACGAAGCUGGGUGACCUUGGGCCAGUCACUGGCACCUUCAUUAUAUACCUUUGGGUGCCAGGCAAAAAAGUUCCUCUUUAACCAGGCCUUUGGUUGACUGACAUUCAAUGCCCUUUUAAAUUAUGUUGGGGUGAGUUAUUGAGUUGUUCUUGUUUUUAUUUUGAUUGUGUAUUCUGUGUUUUUAUAUUGUGAUUUUAUCUUGUGAACCGCCCUGAGACCUGUAGGUAUAGGGCAGUAUACAAAUUUAGUAAAUAGUAGUAAUAAUAAUAAUAAUAAUAAUAAUAAUAAUUAUUAUUAUUUGGGACGCGGGUGGUGCUGUGGGCUAAACCACAGAGCCUAGGACUUGCUGAUCAGAAGGUCGGCGGUUCGAAUCCCCGCGACGGGGUGAGCUCUCGUUGCUCGGUCCCUGCUCCUGCCAACCUAGAAGUUUGAAAGCACGUCAAAGUGCAAGUAGAUAAAUAGGUACCGCUCCGGCGGGAAGGUAAACGGCGUUUCCGUGCACUGCUCUGGCUCGCCAGAAGCGGCAUAGUCAUGCUGGCUAUGCACUCCCAGGAUCGGCGCAGCUCCGCGCAACCCCCCGGAGCCCGGCGCGAAGCCGCGCCAGGCUCCCAAAGGUUGCGCAAGCUCCCAGAGCGAUGCUGAAGCUGAGCUCAGCUUCGGCAUCGCUCUGGGACCCGUUCUCGGGGCUGGGGUCGGGGGAAGCUUGGGCUUCCCCAGCCCCGCGCCUGGGAGGGGGCUGGGGAUAAUUUCCCCCCCUUUAUUUCCCCCCCCCCCCCAAAUCUAGGUGCGUCCUAUGGGCCGGUGCGUCCUAUAGGGCGAAAAAUAAGGUAAACAGGUAUGGUUAACAAAUGGUGAAGAGGGAUUUAUGGUUUAACCCCUCUGGGAAUUGUAGUUCUGUGCAGGGGAAGAAGGGGGUCUCCCAACAGCACCCAGAACCCUUAACAAACCAGAGCCAGGAUUCUUUGGGAGGGCGAAGCCAUGCCUGUUUGGUGCCGUACCACUUUAAAUAUAUGGUUUCUCUCUCGCUUUUUGUUCUGCUGGCCCCGUGAUUCUACCUUAUCUCUGUUCCUCUUUCCUGCUAUUUUUAGCCUCUUGAACCAAAAAGAAGCCAACAGGAGCUGUUUGCUCUGUGCUACUGUAAGUGAAUAAGCACUUCUCAUUUCUACCUGGGCAACUCUCUCAUCUUCUUUCUUUGAGUCCCCAGAAGACACAGACAGUUUUGGGGCUUACAUGGUGGGCAGAAGGUGCAGAGGCCGUUUGAAGGAGGGCAGAGGGCACCCUCCCCUUAUUCCUAAAAAGCAUCCCGUGUGGGGCAAGGGGAAGUGUCCCAAAGGGGCAUGAGAUAAGACUCUCUUACCAUGAAGAAAGUGCGCCUAGGAUUGCUGCCAUGUGAGCCAGCUGACUCGCGCAACAGCACAGAAGCACAAGAUGUGCAGCAUUUGUUGCAGCGCUGCACGGUUGCCAUCCUGGCAUCCAGAGAUCUCUACGUGGUUGCAAUUGGACCAGCGCCUGGCAAAAUGCCUGCGCAGUUUCAAGCACUGCUUCCAGCUCUGAUUCUAUGAUUCUGCGGUAAAAGUCAAGGGGUUUCUACAUGCACCUGCAAUUUGUCUCUCUGCCCUCCAUCUGGGCAAGCAAGAGGCAUUAUCAAUGACCUUCUAAAGAGGGUGCAGAACAUGAUCGUUGGGGUGUGUGGUCUGGAGACUGAGGGGGUGACCUUGGAAGGACCCCAAGUUCUGUGCAGAGAGGCUCAGAGAGCUGCAUUCUGCCCUUGGGCCUGAGGUUCCCCAAGCCUGCUCUCAUGGUACAAGGCAAAGAGAGCCAACAACACAGACAUCCUCCUGCCUCCUCAUUCCAGAGGACUUUGGGGAGGGGUUGUUCAGAUAGAUGGGGGGUUUUUUGAGGGAGAAUGGAAAGUUAAAACUGUUGCUUUUGACUAAACACCCCUUUUCCAAAGCCCAGAGUGGAUCUGGGCUCUGUGUUCACCCUACAGUUCAAUCUGCAUCAUACCACUUGGAACAGUCGUGGCUUCUUCACCCAGGGAAUCCUGGAAACAGUAGUCUGAAAAGGGUGCUGAGAGUUGCUAGGAGACCCCUCUGGCUCACCCAGAGCUACAAUUCCUAGAGUUCUCUGGGGAGGGGGAUUGGAGGUUGAACCCCUCUGAGAAGUUUCUUUGUGAGCGGAGGUCUCCUAACAACUCUUCGGCAGAAGCCAAAGUGGUUUUAAAUGGGCAGGGUGGAGUUCAACGUGCCACUAAGUAGGUAUGGGGGCAAAAAUGAGGCCUUUGCACAGCAGGCCUCCCUCCUGCCCUCCUUAUGCUUUGCACCUUAUCCUUUUCCAUAGGUUUCCCUACCUCUCUGGAGCACGUUUAGGGGCUGUGGAAGGGAGGAGAGAGUGGGCACAUGCCCUUGUGUGAAUAGACCUCAUUCCACACAUGCAGCAGCCUAGCUGAAUCCCACCCAAAGUGUGGAUGAGGCCUCAGUGUGAAGAGAUCCAUCAAACAGGUUUUUUUCUUGGCCAGUAAUAGUACCACUCUAUUCCACCUUGGUCAGACCCCACCUGGAACACUGUGUCCAGUUCUGGGCGCCACAAUUUAAGGAGGAUGUUGACAAGCUGGAACGUGUGCAGACAAGGGUAAGAAAGAUGAUCAGGGUAGUGGAAACCAAGGAUUAUGAGGAACAGUUGAGGGAGCUGAGUAUGUUUAGCCUGGAGAAGAGGAGGCUGAGAGUAGAUACAAUAGCCACCUUCAGAUGUCUCAAGGACUGUCCCAUGGAAGAUGGAGCAAGUUUGUUUUCUGCUGCUGCUGACUAAACAUCAGGAAGAACUUUCUGAUAGUAAGAGCUGAUUGGCAGCGGAACAGUUGAGGUUGUGGGCUCUCCUUCCUUGGAGGUUUUUAAGCAGAGGUUGGAUGGCCCUCUGUCACGGAUGCUUCAGUUGAGAUUCCUGCAACCCUUGGGAUCCCUUCCAACUCUACGAUUCUGUGACUGCCCCCUGGAGCAAGUGCUUCUCUCCUGCACAAAUCCUGGGCACCGGCCAGCGCUCAACCCGUCUUCCCUCAUCACCUACCUACGCCUUUCUCCAUCUCAGAAGGAGGUGGAGGGGAGUGAGAAGGUCCCUUGUCUGAUGGACGCCUCUUGCCAGUGAUCUCAUCCUUCCGCAUGGCUCAAGGCGCUUCAGACAAAGUGGGGUUUGUUCGGAGGAGCCUGUAACCCAGCUGGUGGGUCUGUCAAGCCCGGCUGGCCUGCCUCUGCUGCUCACUUCCCCUUGCGAAGGCUGAGUUUUAAGGGCCUCCCAGUUAAUCAUGUCUGGGUGUUACCUUUGUGGACCGAAUCCUAGUACUAUUAGCAUGUUCAGUCUCCAAGCCUAGGUCCUUGCAUUGUGUGCAAAGUGUGUGCGUGGGGGAAAUUAGCAGGUUUGGGUUUUUUGCAGAAAUAAAGAAGAAUAUUUAAGAGGGAAUAUUCCCCCCACAAAAAAAGAUAAAGCAGCCCAGUGAGUUUUCUCAGUUAGCAUGGAAUGGUGCCAGAUGGUUUUUUGGGGUAGUGAAGGGCAGGAAAGAAUGGAAGAGGGGGGAUAUUCAGGGAAAGGGCGUGGUCUGCUUGAAUCCCAAACAGGAGCACCCCACACGACAGCAUUUUGUUGCAGGUACCACUUGUUGUAUGUAUAGAUCUUAAGUGAGGAUUUCCUGCUGAGCACAUGCAACCUGGACAUCAGCAAUAGAUGGAACAGUUGAGUGGAGUUUGUGGAUUUUGGUAACUGCUAACCGUGAUGGUUAUGUUCCACCUCCACUGUCAGAGGCAGUACAGUGGUACCUCGGGUUAAGAACUUAAUUCGUUUCGGAGGUCCGUUCUUAACCUGAAACUGUUCUUAACCUGAAGCACCACUUUAGCUAAUGGGGCCUCCUGCUGCUGCCGUGCUGCCGGAGCACAAUUUCUGUUCUCAUCCUGAAACAAAGUUCUUAACCCAAGGUACUAUUUCUGGGUUAGCGGAGUCUGUAACCUGAAGCGUAUGUAACCCAAGGUACCACUGUAAAUGCUUCUGAAUACGAGCUGCUGGGUAUCACAAAGGGACAGAGUGCUGUUGCAAUAGAUGCUUCUGGUUGGCCACUGUGAGAACAGGAUGCUGGACUGGACUGGAUGGGCCGGAUCCAGCAGUUGCUUUACAUUAGCAUGCCACUGGCCAGGUCUAUAGAAACCAGCAUAAAAAUAAGGUUAGUGACAGUUUAGGCUUCUUCCUGCUGGCAGGCGGUGUGACUUGAUGGUCCAUGAGGUCCCUUUUAAUCCUCUGCCAGCCUGCAUUGGUGCCUACUUGUGAAGCUCAGUCUGGCAGGUGGCAAACAGAAAGGCAUCCUGGUCCACACAGUGGUUGCCCCGGAGUCCCAGCUGCUGAUGUAGUUCAGCUGCUGAGAAGCUCCCUCUGGACGUCUUGCGGUCUGCCUUGUCCUCCCGAGGGCUGCUGCCCCUUCCUUGCAGGCAUCUUUGCCAGCCUGCCUCUGGGCACCGUCUUCAGCCCUUGGGCAAGUGUGCUGCCACACAGCUGUCAAAGCAGAUGCAUUGGAGCACUGGCUGCUAUGAAUAACAGCUGCUGGUCUUGAGGGGGGCUUCCCUUGGAGAGUGGAACAGUGAGAUCCUAAAUAUAGCAGGCGCUGCAGCAAACAGGUGUGUGGCCCAGGGAGGGGGGGGGGAGAGAUUUCUCACAUGCAGCUGUGGAGCAGGAGAGGAAAGGCAAGCUGACUUCUAAAUUCGGCAGGACAAAAGAGGUGGUGGCCAGGGUUGAGCAUUGCAGAAAGAGCACCAUAACUUUAUCAAACCACCAAGGACCUGCAAGGCAGGGAGCAGGUUUUCCAGGACUCACAGCCAAGAUGAGAUGACUCUUGCGGUCCCUUCCAACUCUACAGUUCUGUGAUUCGGUGAUUUGUCACCUUUUGGGGUGAAUGAAAGGGGCUACCAUUUUAGUUGAUUAAAAAUCUAACAUUAAAUGAGUAAGCACCUCAGGCUGGACUUCCGGGGUGGCGCCAUCGGCAAUGGCGGACUCCCUCUGAUCUGGAGGGACUAGCUCCACGCGAAACGGGUCUUUUCCGCUACGGUGAAGCGGGGACCCUUUCAAAAAUCACAGGUGGAUGAAGUUGGAAAAAGCCAGAUUUGGAAAGAUAAAGUUUGGUUUGGUUUGGAAAUGGGGGGUUGGAUAGACCCCCCUAUGCAGGGAUGUUUGGACUUUUCAAGUCUGGCAAUGGGCCGUGAGGUGUUUGAGGCUGUGGGGGCUCUUAAUUUUGGAGGGAUUCUGAAACAUGUUUUUAAAUACCACAUGGAGUUUAGUCUGGACUAUGGAAAAGGGGCUGAUUUGUUGAAAAGGGUCAAAAACAUUGCCAAGCUGGAGUUCCCACGAGUGAAAGGAGAAUAUGAAGAAGAGCCGCGGAAGGGACAUGGAAGGGACUUAAGGGCCUCGGAUAUAAGGUUACCAGGUUAAUGCGCUAGAUUAAUGGGAUAAAAAGGACUGACAAAACCCGUGACCAGGAGGAAGGGACGCUGGAUGAAGAUUGGAUUGUUUUUACUUCUUUUUUUUAUUAUUAGGAUUGUUUUAUAAAAUUGAUGAAUGUUAGAAAAAUGUUGGAAUGAAAUUACUUGGCUUUAGCAAAAAUGUUUAAAGAAUUAGGUAAGAAUAUUAUGGUUACGAGAAGUUGGUAAAAAUAAGAUUCAAGUUUUAAGCUUUAAGGUUCUUUAUAAGAUAAGAUGAAAAUAGAUUAAGGUAAUGUAAUGACAGAAUAUUAUGAAAUAUGGAAAGGAUUUGCUGCGACAAUUAACAACUAGGAUACAAAAAAAGGGAGGAGGAGGAGGUCAAAGAAAGAAGGUAAUGAAAGUUGAGGAUUCGAGAAUGAUGGAUUUGUUUUUGUGUGUUUGCUGUGUAUUUUUGUUUUUUGAAUAUGUAUUGUUUGAUGUGGUUUGUUUUUUCUUUGUUUUUUUCUUCUUUUUCUUUUUCUGCUUUGUUCUUUUUUGUAAUUCUAAAAAAUUUUCAAUAAAUAUCAUUAAAAAAAAAAGAGUAAGCACCUCAGGCUUAGGCAAAACGCAGUGCAGGAAAGAUACAGGGCUCAGAGGAAAACAAGAAAGUGCUUGUGAGCGUCUUGAGCAUCUUAUUCGGACUGUUUUGGAUUCCAGGUCCCAUCAGCUGCAGCCAGCAUGGCCAAUGGUCAGAGCUGAGGGAAGUUGCAAUCAUUAUUUGCAAUUGCAUCUUAAAGCAAAGGGUUUGCCCCUGAAAAUGCUCACCUGUGAGGAACGUGCAAAGGACUUGUAGGAGCUCCUGCCGCAGGUGCGCAGUAAGGGUGCUCAGCAGCUGGGAAAAUACUUUGCAAUGGAAGCCCACCAGGUUCUGAAUUUUACUAAUAAAAAUUAUGAGCACAUUUUUAUUUUGACAAAUGUUAUGGACUUCAUAUUUGAGCUGUCUCCUUCAAGGUAUCGGGAAGUUUUCAAUCGUUGAUGUACAGCUGUGCUUUUAUACUAUGUUGGAAGCAGCUUAGAGUGACUGGGGCAUAAACAGCCCUUUUUUUGCCGUCAGACAGGGUAUGUUUUCCUGUGUUUUUAAUAGCAUGCUGCGGUCAUGGUGCUUUACAAGCAUGGAGCACAUCCUCGCGAAGGAAAGUGGACGACACACCUUUUAGAAAAGAAUAGAGCUAUUCCCAAGCUUUCACUUGAAACUCUUUUGCUGAUUUCAGCUGGAAGGUGGAAAUUACUUCAAUUUUGUGUGGGAGGCAAACAAAUUAAAACUUCGAAGAAAGGAAGGCUGUUGAGUAAAGGGUUUAUGGGUUGUUUUUUGUUUAAAGCACUUUAUUUUAACACAAAUGUGGCUGACUCCAACUCCUACCAGCCCCAGCCAGCAAGGCUAGUGGUUGCGGGGUAGCUCUAAUGCAGCAACUCUGCGGGGUUUCAGCUCUCUCCUCCCCCCCCCCCCGCUUUAGACAACUGAAGGGGGCAAAUGCUCAGAGAGUGAAUGUGAUGAUGGAGCAAUGCAUAAAUUUUUUAAAAGCCCAUCAGCUUGUAUCAUUUCAAGUGCUGUGAGCAACUUGGAUAACAAAAUUACAUAAAGCUGGGCAGCUGCAUCUUCCAGAAUAUUUAGGGAUUCUGUGACUUUGGGUUAGGAUGCAGAAAGGGAGAGCACUUCAAUUUAUUUCACACUUCUAGGUGACAUUUCUCCUAGAAGACUGCGCUGGGCACUUGCGGUUUUUCUGCACUUUCACUUGAAUGCAUCGUAGGCUGGAUUUCAAGUUCAGGGACAUUUCUGAAGGUUCUUUUGCCUCCCUCUGGAGGAGGGGAUGGGGCCUGGGCAUGGCAAGAAGAAAAGGAAAGGUGGCUCUCAAGGUAUGUGGACCGUUUGUGCAAACCCAGCCUCGCACUUCAAAGCAGAGGUGGGCACCCUGUAGGCCUCCAGGGGCGGGUGAAUUCCAGUUUCCCUGGCUGAGGUUGAGAGGAGCUGGAGCUCAGCCGCCUUUGAAGGUCCAGAGCUUCUUGGCUCCCUUGCUUUUGGAGCAAAAGAUGGGUUUGCGGGUCCUCGCCCCUUUUUGCAGACUGAUAAUUCACACCUCCUUAGAUACCCCCCCAAACAGUGCUCUCCCCUCGCUCACUAUUCUUGACAAGCUUUCCCCUCACAAUCAGUGGUGUUCUAAUGGAUCCUCGGCAUUUUCUGAAGAUGGUCAUCUGCCAAACCUCUCUGGGCGCUGUAGAACUAACCGUAUGUCAAGGGACACCAGUCACAGAGACAGGGAGGAAGAAACCAUGAAAGAUUUGGAGUUUUGUCUUUCUCUCUUAAGUAACUGGCAGGUCUUGGGUCUACCCUGUGGGAGGCUGCUGUGUGGGGUGUGAGGAAUAGCUGAAGGAAAGAGCCAAAAUGGGGCAGCUGCUUGCACUGAUCUGUCCCCAUGAGCCUCUCCUGGGGUUCCUGGGGCAGGUAAAACCUUUCCCACUGCAGAGAGCCUGUAGCUUCUUCAUCUUACUUGGGUGCAGGGCUGGCUGUUCAGCUGGGAAAAGAGUGUUAUGUUUAUAUGUGUUCUGUAGCAGCGAGAGCUAUUUAGUUUUAAAGUUGUUUUUAAUUGUUUUUAAUGGUGUAACCUGCCCUGGGUAAAGCGCAGGUAAUAAAUGAUAUGAUGUGAUAUUGCUAGUUUCAAUGUUACAGAGCUUCAUUGCUCAUGUAGCAUCAAUUGUUUUCAAUGAUUGAUAAAUAUUCAAGGGGAGAAUGAAGUCUGUGACUCCUUGCCACACUGAGAGCCAGUGUGGUGUAGUGGUUAAGAGCUGUAGUCUCGUAAUCUGGGGAACCGGGUUCGCGUCUCUGCUCCUCCACAUGCAGCUGCUGGGUGACCUUGGGCCAGUCACACUUCUCUGAAGUCUCUCAGCCCCACUCACCUCACAGAGUGUUUGUUGUGGGGGAGGAAGGGAAAGGAGAAUGUUAGCCGCUUUGAGACUCCUUAAAGGGAGUGAAAGGCGGGAUAUCAAAUCCAAACUCUUCUUCUUCUCUUCUUCUUGCCACGAUGGCGACGCAGUACCUCCACUGCAAUUCUCCUGAAUUCCAGUUGCUGGAAAGCGCAAGAUGGGAGAGUUGCUCUUGUGCUUGGAUCCAGACUUCUUCCCUUUGGGGCACCUGGCCGGCCGCUGUGAGUCUAAAGGGGCGACUGGCUGGAUCCAGGCAGCUCUUCUUAGUUCUUGUGAGGGGUGUGGCUUGAUUUUGCUUGAGGAGGGAUUUGAAGUCCGGAUGUCUGACACACAUGCAGGCUGUCAGGAGACUUCUAUAUCACAACCACAAAUGAUAAGAUGCCAAACCCAAUUUCAAGUGCUGGUAAUGGCUUCUUAAAGCCCUAGACUUUUUGGAACCAGGUUAUUUGAAGGACUGUAAACCCACCUGAACCUGCCCUGGGCUUUAAGAAUGGCUGUUGAGAUCCAUCACACUGGCAGGCACAGGAGACAGGGCCUUUUUGAUGGUGGCUCCAUACCUGUGGAAUUUGCUUUCCUAGGGAGGUACAUAGGAAUUUUACUUUAUUGGCUUUAAAAUGAACCCUGAAAACUUGUAUUGUGUUGAGUGUUGCUUUUUUAUGUGUGAUGUUCUGCAUUGUUUCAAACCACUGCUGUUUUGAUGUCACAAUGUUUUUAGUAUUAUGUGGAGAGAGAAAGAUGAUUUGAAUGAGAGAAUGAUGCUGUAGGGGGAAAGAGCUGUCCUGGUUUCCCAGCUUCCAUGGGUCUCUCUCCUCUCAGAGGAGAGAAGGUGGUGGUGCAUGUCUGUGCGCAUGAAUGCUCUCUGCUCACAGGAAGUGGAGCGUGACUUCAGGUUUCUUCUUUCUUGCCCAGGUCUCAUGGUACCAAGUGACGUGUCCUUCUUGUGAGAUCCAGUCCCCAGAACCCCCUGAGAAAAUGUCAGGAAUGCAGGUAAGGCGAGAAAAGGCUCUCCAUAUAGAAUCAUAGACGCGUUGAUUUUAGGAGAAGUUGUUCUUUUACUACAAUUAUUGCUGUUAGAAGUCUCCCAGAACAAGUUACAAUGAGUUAUAGCGAAUGCUAGUCCUACUCAGAGCAGGCCCAUUGACAUGAAUGAACUGGAGGUAGCCACAUUCAUUAAUUUCAAUGAGUCUGCUCUGAGUAGCAGUAGCUUUGGCUGUGUGUUUAAAAAUGACACUGAGGAGGAGAUGGGCACAUGAGGUCUGGGGCCCCACCCCAAAGCAACAUCUCUGGUUAAGGGGUCAGUUCACAAGGGAUGGGGAGAUGUUCUCUGCUUGAGACUCUGGGCAGCUGCUGCCGGUCAAAGUCAACAGCACUGGACCAGUUGCACCAAUGCUCUGACGAAACAAGGCAGCUUCCUGGUGCUUAAGAGCCCCCCCAUCUUUUACAUGGGGACUGUAUUGGGACAAGUGAAUAGUGGGGGACCGGGGCAAGAUUUCAAAGUACAAAAGUGGGUGGGCUUGUGAUCCAUUCCUGGAAUAAUUACUGGGGUGUCACAGUACACCAGCAAGCGAUCUCCCCUUCCCACCCAGAAAGCUCAUUUUUAAAAAAAAGUUUUCAAGCCCUGCGGAUCUGUGUGGUUUUCUUGAUCUCAAAUAACAAUUUCCUAGUAGAGCUUCCCAGGCGCUCAGCAGGGCAAAUGCUGUGAGAUUUGCUAGCACCCCUCUAAGUAAGGAAUCAAACCAUUGGGUGCAUUUGUAAUAAGCACGAUUUUGAGACGCACCCAGACGCUGGUCUGCUCCUCUAGAGAACCGGGGCAGGGUGUGCGCACCUCUUGGUUUCAGUGCUGUGCAAAGGUGGGAGCACUUGCGCUCUUCCUCCCCACCCCCUUCUCUGGUUGAGAGGUUCUGAAUUUUGCACAACAUCCUGAAUCUACAGAAGUCUUCAGCUUUUGCAGAUGCAUCGUUUUUGAGAGCAGGGCGUGUGGCUUCUUGAACGCGGCGUGUGCAAGAGCCCAAAGGUGUAACUCCCCUGCCCUCUCUGCCGUCCCUAAUGUGAAUCUGGGCUGCAACAUUUAAUUAGCUGGUUAGGUGGGAAGGGGUGCCUUCCAUAGGCUGGUAUGUUGCUGCUUUGGGUGGAUGAGGUGGGGUCGUUGCCAAAGUUCAAGGACACAUUUCAGUUGGCCCAAAGCCCAGCAGUCGGAGGUGCAGGGAAUUGUAGUCUGACAGUAUCUAGGGGGCCCCUGGAUCUCCAUCCUGGUAUUUUUUUCCCUUAAAAAAAAAAAGCAAGCAUGUUUUCCAUUCAAAACUAUCCUUUCAAUCCUUUUGCAGCUAUGUUUCAGAAAAAAAGACAAUCAAAACCCAUUUGAUUUUAAUAGACUCGGAUUUCUUUUACCAGGCGAUAGCUGUGCUCUGAAGUCCUCCUCUUCUCCUAAUUCCUCGGUCUCUUAGGUUCCCCCCCUCAGUCCUCCAAAAGAGAAUUAGAUGACCAGUGUCUGUCUGUCAAUCAGAUUUGUUUCUCGGAAACAAUUGUACAUAAUCACAAAGGCCAAAUUCACACCAUGCAUUUAAACCACCAUGAUAUCACAUUAAAUAGUCAAAAGCAUUCAAAUAAUUAUGGGACCUGUAGUUUGGCAAGGUUGCCUCUUCCCUUUCUCAGAGCUACAAUUCCCAGAAAUCCCUGUGAAGAUGGAUCGAUAGUUAGACUUCUCUGGGAUGCUUUAUUUGAUAUUCCUGCAUUGCAGGGGGUUGGACUAGAUGGCCUUUGGGGUCCCUCCUUCCAGUUCUACGAUUCUGUGAAGUGCCAAGACCCUGUUGAGUCAGCCGUGUCCCUCUUCUCUCCCACAGGCCGUCUGGCCAUCUGGUACGGAAUGUAUUGCUAAGUACAACUUCCAUGGCACGGCAGAUCAGGACCUCCCGUUCAGCAAAGGGGAUGUCCUCACCAUUAUCUCUGUCACCAAGGUAACCCACCCGUCUCGGGUACCAGGGAGAAAUCAGAAGUUGGGGAGUGGGGGGGCUCAUUUUUCUUGCCCAUCAGCAAAGCUGACUAUUUCCUUUAUUGGAGGCAGUAGACCUCUGAAAAUGGGUUGCUGGGAAUCACAAGUGGGGAGAGUUGGCUGUUGCUCUAGGGCAGGGGUCCACAAGGUUUACCUCGCCUGGGCCAGUUCACUCCAGCAGAGAUCCCUCCGUGGGCUGGGUUGCGCUCGCCCAUGAGAGCCUGCGAUUUCCAGCAUUGGUGUCUGCGCAGACGCAAUUUCCGGCAUCAUGUGAUUUCCGACGCUGCGGAAGUGAGUCCCUGCGCCGCGCCAGUUUAGCACAGUGCACGGGGACUUGCUGAGUGGGUGGCUCGUGUUCAGGUAAACAACGCCUGUGGGCCGCUUGUGGCCCAUGGGCCAUAGGUUGCCUACCCCUGCUCUCGGGUCCUGCUUGUGGGCUCCCCCUUGGGGCGUGGCCACCGUGGCAACAGAAUUCUGGACUGGAUGGGCCCCUUCUAAGGAUGGGGCAGAGGAGAGCCCAAAUGGAAAGUCUUUGACCGACUAGCUACCCACUAGCAAUAAAACUUAGGCUUGGGCGAUGCAUCAAUACAUCCACCCAGGAUUGGUUUGAGGGCCAGAGCAUGAUGGAGCAGUAUAUCGCAGGUGAAACUGCUGCUGCUCCUGACUCACUGUGCUCUGGUCCUCAAACCGAGGGAGGAAUGAGCCACAAGGCGCCAAGGCCAAUAUAGCUUGUUCCUCCCUCUGCUUUUCAACCUUGCAAUGUAUCGCUAUAUCACGGUGUUUGGCUGGUGAUACAUCACGUUGUUGAAAAACUGAUAUUGCCUCUCCCUGCUCAUGGGCACUACAAAUUGCUUCCAGUGUCGGAGGCAAUAUGUCUCUGAGUGCCAGUGCCCGGGGAAUCACAGGUGGAGAGCGUUGCUGCCCUCAUAUCUUGCUUGUGGGCUUCUCAUGUGUGUCUGGUUGGACCCUGUCACAACCAGAUCCUGGACGAGAUGGAGGUAUUUGUUUGGCUCCAAGAGAGCUCUUCACAUGAUGCUAAUGUGCUACUAUCCGCAAGAUCCAGGCAUUUCCUUCUGCAGCUGUGAUCUUCCUUCCCUCCCUAGCGACCUGAAAAGGGACAGGGAAAGCAAUAUGUUUUAAUUGAUGUGAGCGUUAUUUAAAGUUCUUCAAGAGUAAGCCACUUGGUCAAGUCCCAGGGAGAGGAUUUGCAGACUCAGCCACCGUAUUUGUGAGAAGAGGCUAAACAUUGGCAGAGUGUCGAGCUGCCUGGUGGCUGUGAAUUUUGAGAGGACAGAGAGGGGGACGUGAAGCCCAUCAGGGGCAGAAGCCGAGACUGUAAAUCAUCCGUUACAGCCCACGAUGGAGGAAAGAGAUUCUGUAUGUUUAUAUACUGUGCAUUUUCCACAAGUGAAGCACAAAAGGGGAUCCACAAAAACAGGACUGAUUUCUGGUCAUAGAUUUUUAUAUGGUUUUAAUUGUAUUAUGUAUAAGUUGCUGUCUUCUUUUAAAUGAACAACAGCAUAUAGAUAUAUUCAGUGCCUUUUUCUGGAGGUGCUCAAGGAUACACAGUACCGGCACCUUUAUUUCCAGAAAAAAAGCGCUGGAUGUAUUCAUUGCAUGCAUCCAUCUGAGGAGACGAUGGAGGAGUCCACCUUUGGGGGUGUUGGAAAGUCGCUAGGAUUGCUGUGAUUGCUGCUUUUCAGGGGGUUGGUCUAGAUGACCUUUGGUGGUCCCUGCCAACUCCACGAUUUUCUACGCUCACAAUUGCUUUCUCUUGCCAGGAUCCCAACUGGUACAAAGCGAAGAACAAAGUGGGCCGCGAGGGGAUCAUCCCAGCCAACUACGUGCAGAAGCGGGAAGGGGUGAAAGCCGGAACCAAGCUCAGCCUGAUGCCGUGAGUCCGGGCAGAUGGGAGACGCCUGCUGAGCUGAGCUUUGCGCACAGCUGUGAGAGGAGGGCAUGGGCAGACGGCUGGAUCAGCCUUUCCCAACCUGGUGCCCUCCAGGUGUUGUGGACUCCCAGCUCCCACCAGUCCCAUCAGCGUCAUGGGAGUUAUAAUCUAGCAACAUCUUGAGAGCACCGGGAUAUUUGGGGAGGGGUUCUAGAUUGGGGCAUCUGGCCUCAACUGGGACUCCAAUUCCCACCAGCUCCAGCCAGUGUGGCCAGUAGACAGGCAUCACGGGAGCAGCAGUCCAGGAGAGCGCCCGGUUGGAUAGGCCUGGCCUAGAUGAACACAAGGGCCUUUGGGGAAAGGUGUGCCAGCCAGCACCCGUUCAGUACAUGCAGAUUCCUCUUCCUUCCCUGUUAUCCUCACAGCUGCUUUGCAAGUUAGGCUGUGCUGAGAAAAGCCCACCCAGAGGGCAGCAUGACUUGAGUGGGCGUCUGAAUGCAGAUACAGUGGUGCCUCGCAAGACAAAAAGAAUCCGCUCCGCGAGUCUCUUCGUCUUGCGGGUUUUUUCGUCUUGCGAAGCAAGCCCAUUAGAGGUUUAGCGGCUUAGCGCUACAGUAUUAGCGGCUUAGCCGGCUUAAAGAUCAGCUGAUAAGCGGCUUAACGAUCAGCUGAUAAGCGGCUUAGCAUCAGCAGUUAAGCGGCUUAAAGAUCAGCUGAUAAGCGGCUUAGCCAUCAGCUGAUAAGCGGUUUAGCGGCUUGGGAAAAAGGGGGGGGGGAACCCCGCAGGAACUCGCAAGACAUUUUCGUCUUGCGAAGCAAGCACAUAGGAAAUUCGUUUUGCGAAGCACCUCCAAAACGGAAAACCCUUUCGUCUAGCGGGUUUUCCGUCUUGCGAGGCAUUCGUCUUGCGGGGCACCACUGUAUACUAGUAUAGUUCUCUGUCUCAGUCUGUGGCGCCGUGCCAGCCCUUAGCUCCCCUCAGUAAGCACCCCCACACUUCCUGCCUCUUUCGCCCAUGCUCCCCAUAGCUCAGGUUCGAUCCUCAGUGACUUCUCUAGGUGGGGCUGGGGGAGAAUCCUGCCUGAAACUCUGCAGAGUCGCUGCCAGUCAGUGCAGGAGAUCCUGCGGUCUGUGCUUGCAGGAGAAAUGCCAUGGCCUGGGGGGGUGCAGCCCUUAGGGUUGAGUUGUGCAGGCCAUGGACACCCUUGAGGUCGACCACAGAUCAGUGCAUUCCGCAAUAAGGGAAAGGCUGCCGUUUUCCAGGAUUCCAAUUAGCAGAACAGCGUAUUCUUCAGAGGUCUGAGACCGGGUCCCGCCUGUGGGCUUUCCCUUGGGGCAUCUGUGUGGCCGCUGUGAGAACAAGAUGCUGGACUAGGUGGGCCUUUGGCCUGAUGCAGUAGGGCUCUUCUUAUGGAGGCCUCUUGUGAUAGCAGAGCCUCCAUGCCCAGGGACAGUCUAUCCCUGAAUACCAGAUAAUGGGGAACAACAUUUGGAGAAUGCUUUUGCACUCGGGUCCUGCUUCUGGGUGGCUUCUGUGAGAACAGGAUGCUGGGCUAGGUGAGCUAAUGGCCUGAUCCAGCAGGUGCUUUGCAUGGACUCAAGGGCAUCCUGAUCAAAUUUGCAGAUGACACCAAAUUGGGAGGGGUGGCUAACACCCCAGAGGACAGGAUCACACUUCAAAACGACCUUGACAGAUUAGAGAACUGGGCCAAAACAAACAAGAUGAAUUUUAACAGGGAGAAAUGUAAAGUAUUGCACUUGGGCAAAAAAAUGAGAGGCACAAAUACAAGAUGGGUGACACCUGGCUUGAGAGCAGUACAUGUGAAAAGGAUCUAGGAGUCUUGGUUGACCACAAACUUGACAUGAGCCAACAGUGUGACGCGGCAGCUAAAAAGCCAAUGCAAUUCUGGGCUGCAUCAAUAGGAGUAUAGCAUCUAGAUCAAGGGAAGUAAUAGUGCCACUGUAUUCUGCUCUGGUCAGACCUCACCUGGAGUACUGUGUCCAGUUCUGGGCACCACAGUUCAAGAAGGACACUGACAAACUGGAACGUGUCCAGAGGAGGGCAACCAAAAUGGUCAAAGGCCUGGAAACGAUGCCUUAUGAGGAACGGCUAAGAGAGCUGGGCAUGUUUAGCCUGGAGAAGAGGAGGUUAAGGGGUGAUAUGAUAGCCAUGUUCAAAUAUAUAAAAGGAUGUCACAUAGAGGAGGGAGAAAGGUUGUUUUCUGCUGCUCCAGAGAAGAGGACAUGGAGCAAUGCAUCCAAACUACAAGAAAGAAGAUUCCACCUAAACAUUAGGAAGAACUUCCUGACAGUAAGAGCUGUUCGACAGUGGAAUUUGCUGCCAAGGAGUGUGGUGGAGUCUCCUUCUUUGGAGGUCUUUAAGCAGAGGCUUGACAACCAUAUGUCAGGAGUGCUCUGAUGGUGUUUCCUGCUUGGCAGGGGGUUGGACUCGAUGGCCCUUGUGGUCUCUUCCAACUCUAUGAUUCUAUGUUCUUAUGACAUGCAAGACCUGAUCUGUGACAAACGACAGGAAGACUCCCAGGGGUGCUGGCACACAACAGACCUGCUUCUUUCUCAGUGAAGGCUCUCUGCACAUGUGCAGAAUCAGCAGGCCAAUAAAUAGAACUAUACAGAUACAGAUGUAGUUACAGAUAUGACAAUGUAUUAGCUUGGGGAUCAGUUCCUAGUUGUUGGAGGCUGUAUGAUGCAACCUUCCUUCCUUCAGUGUGGGCAUUACAGACAAGAAGGCAUUGCAUCUUCCUAAUGGUGCUAGCACAGUGGUGGGAACUUUGAGCCCGGAGAGCCAGUGGUUAGAGUGUAGGACUAGGGCGUGGGAGAGACCAGGGUUCGAAUCCCCCCGCCCAGCCAUGAAGCUCACCUGGGCAAGCUUGGCCCAGUCGCUGCCUCUCAGCCUAACCUACCUCACAGGGUUGUUGUGGGGAUUCCACAAGGAGCAGGGAGAAGAGCCAUGUGCACCGCUUGAGGUCCAGCGCCGAGGGCCUUCUGGCGGUUCCCUCAUUGCGAGAAGCAAAUCUACAGGGAACCAGGCAGAGGGCCUUCUCGGUAGUGGCGCCCGCCCUGUGGAAUGCCCUCCCAUCAGAUGUCAAAGCGAUAAAUAACUACCUGACAUUUAGAAGACAUCUUAAGGCAGCCCUGUUCAGGGAAGCUUUUAAUCUGUGAUAUUUUACUGUAUUUUUUGUUUCUAUGGAAGCCGCCCAGAGUGGCUGGGGAAACCCAGCCAGAUGGGCGGGGUGCAAAUAAUAAAUUAUUAUUAUUAUUAUUAUUAUUAUUAUUAUUAUUAUUAAGCUCCUUGGAGAAGCAGGGAUGUAAAUGCAAUAAAGAAAUAGUAAAUAUAAACAAACAAGCCUGGGCUGGGUGUACAGAUAAAUCAACCGGCUUUAAAUCUCUAGGCUGUCCCAUGGAAGUGUUAGAAAAAUGGUUGGCCAUGUUUCCUGUGUUGUCCGGUGGGGGGAGGGGUUAGACUGAGUGGCCCUUUGGGUCCCUUCCAGACCUACAGUGCUAUCUAUGGUCCUGUGGUUACGAGGUCCAGCUCUGAGGGCCUUCUGGCGGUUCCCUCACUGCGAGAAGCAAAGCUACAGGGAACCAGGCAGAGGGCCUUCUCGGUAGUGGCACCCGCCCUGUGUAACGCCCUCCCACCAGAUGUCCAAGAGAUAAACAACUACCUAACAUUUAGAAGACAAUUGAAGGCAGCCCUGUUUAGGGAAGCUUUUAAUGUGUGACAUUUUAAUGUAUUUUUAAUCUUUGUUGGAAGCUGCCUAGAGUGGCUGGAGAAACCCAGCCAGAUGGGCGGGGUACAAAUAAUAAAUUAUCAUUAUUAUUAUUAUUAUUAUUAUUAUUAUUAUUAUUAUUAUUACUAUGUGGGCUUCGUGGAGACUGCCGUGGUCACUCUUUCUUCCUUCCCUCUCUCUCCAUCUCUCUUUCCCUCCUCCUUUCCUACCCCCAGCUGGUUCCAUGGGAAAAUCACGCGGGAGCAGGCAGAGAGGCUCCUCUACCCUCCGGAGACGGGCCUCUUCCUGGUGCGUGAGAGCACCAACUACCCCGGGGACUACACGCUCUGCGUCAGCUGCGAGGGGAAAGUGGAGCACUACCGGAUCAUCUACUCCUCCAGCAAGCUCAGCAUCGACGAGGAAGUCUACUUUGAGAACCUCAUGCAGCUGGUGGAGGUGAGGCUUCAGCAAGGGGGGCAGCAGGAGCAGGGCCAAGUCGGGCAGAGCUGCAGAAUCGCUUUCCCGGUGCCGGCGUCCCUUUGGAACGGGGCAACAGCGAGGUUCAGGCAGCAAACGCACCGGUGGAGCCAGUUCUGCCCUGCCGCCUGUGUGCUUCCGCCCUGCCUCAGAGCGGCCUCGUGGUCCAAAGGUGGGCCAGAGGGGGUUGCUGCCAUUCUGAUCAUUUAUUCAGCCAUUAUGCAAGCACGUCAAAGUGCACUGUGGUGGGAAGGUAAACGGCGUUUCUGUGCGCUGCUCUGGUUCGCCAGAAGCGGCUUAGUCAUGACCCGGAAGCUGUACGCCGGCUCCCUCGGCCAGUAAAGCGAGAUGAGCGCCGCAACCCCAGAGUAGGCCACGACUGGACCUAAUGGUCAGGGGUCCCUUUACCUUUACUACCGUAGUUAUGCAGUGGCAGGGAACAAAUAAUACAGAAUCUGUCAUAAGGAAUAGACGGGAAGUCUGGUUGAUAGAAAAAAACCUCUCUUAUUUUAUGUUUUGAAGGUUAUUAGUUGAUGUAUUAAUUCUCUUCUUUUUGCUUUGGCGGUGAUGGAAUUUUUAUUUUCUUUUUCUGUAUGGUGUGUUAAUGUGAAUGGUGUCAAUAAAAUCUAAAAAAUAAUAAUAAUAAAAUCAAGAGUGCUGUGCCCCUGAGCUGCCACCCUUUGUGCCAGCGCGAGGGAGCUGGGCUGUUGCUAGAUGCGUUGCCAGAUCAGCGGGGGCCCCUGCCCUCCACCUAGGGUUGCUCAGCGGUCACAGCCUGCAAAGCUCAGACUUGUGGAGGGUUUCCUGUUUCUUGCAGAGGCAGGAAGAUGCUCUGAGCAAUUCCGAAAGUGCCCUACUUGCAGAGCAGGUGUGGGGCGCAGCCAGGGUGUGGGUGUAUGGAGAGGACCAUGUGCUUACUGGGAUGGGGGGAAGAAGCAGAGGAGUCAGGGGCCCUCCUUCCAAAUAGGUGAGCCCAUGUGAAACGCCUCUUCCCCCUCUCACACAACAGAGGAGGACACCCCCACAAGCUGCUCUCCUGGGGUAAGAAUACUGCAGAACCCACAGAAUGUAGGGCGGUGGGCCACUGUCGACCUCCUACUGCCCCCUUGUGAGGGAAUGCCGCCACUGCAACCAGGCGAGAUGUGCAACAGACCUUUGAAGAAUAUUAUUAUUAUUAUUAUUAUUAUUACCCCACCCAUCUGGCUGGGAUACAGUGGUACCUCGGUUUAAGAACAGUCUGGUUUAGGAAUGAUUUGGUUUACAAACUCCACAAAACGGAAAUAGUGUCUUGGUUUGAGAACUUUACCUCGGUCUAAGAAUGGAAUCCGAACGGUGGAAGGGCGCCGGCGGCGGGAGGCCACAUUAGGGAAAGCGCACCUCGGUUUAAGAACAGUUUUGGUUUAAGAACGGACUUCCAGAAUGGAUUAAGUUUGUAAACCAAGGUACCACUCUGUGUGUGUGUGUGUGUGUGUGUAUUCCAUUCAGCCUCCCUCAAAUAGAAUAGACUUAAUUAUUUUUAUUAUCAGGGCCCACUGUUAGGGUAACUGUAAAGCACAAGUAACAUCAACUUUCAAUAAUAAAACUACAGCAAUGUAAGUCGUAAUAAAGCAGAAUACCAGUAGAAUCAGCACAAAAGAUGCUCAAGGCCGUGUGAUGCCUACUCUGCCUUUGCACAGAGUCAGUUGUUUUGUGUGGCAGGACCCAGACUCUGGAACUCCCUGCCUCUUGAGAUCAAGCAGGCGCCUUCCCCAGACUCUUUUUCGGCUCCUGCUGAAAACAUUCUUGUUUAGAUGAGCUUAGAAAUGCUGGUGUGAAUUUUAAUCUGUUUUUGUAUUUUAACCUUUUGUAUAUUUAUUUUUCCCCCUUGAUUUUCUUUUUUUUUAAUCUUUUUGCAAAACUCUUUGAGGGUUUUGUUUUGUUUUGUUUUACAAUCAAGCGGUGUAUAAAUGUUAAUAAAUAAAAAGACCAAGAAGGCAUCUUUCUCCAUGGAAAUGCUGGAGGAGAGUAACUCCUGUCUCUUUCUGCACACAAAGCAAUGCUCCUCUGCUGAGCUACAGCCCUGUCUCAAAGGGAUUCUGACAGGCCUCAAAACUCCCAGCCCUCAAGGAACUGGAGGAGAGCCAGCGCCUACAUCUUUUCCCCAUUAUUAUUAUUUAUAUCCCACCGUUUUCCCAGACAUGUACUCAAAGCAGUUUACAGAUAAAAUAGAAUCAGCUUAAAACAGGGGCACCAGUCAUUAAAAAACAAUAGAAUUAAAACACUCUUAUCAUAUGAUGUAUUAAAACAUUCAGAUAACUAUAAUAAAAACAUCCCCGCACCAGCCUUUUCCAGACAGACAGUCAGUUCCCAAAAGCCUGUUGGAACAAGGGAUUCUUCAGCUGAUGUCAGAAGCACAGCAAGAAGGGAGCCAGUCUGGCUUCUCUAGGAGGGAGUUCCAAGGACAGAGAUUCUACCCCAAACUCCUUCCCACCUUGCCCAGCUUCCAGGUUUUUGCCUUUGGGCUUCUCCUCUUCCUUAUCUCCCCCCUCCCCCCGCUUUUCCUAUCCCAAAAAACCUUGCGACGCCUCUCUGGAAGACUAACCCGUCCAGGGCAGCGUUUGCUUCAGAGUCUUCCAGCACAAGAAAUCUGACCACAAGAUUGCUUGCUGAUUUUCCUGCAUGCAACUUGCAGAGUGUCCCUUUGGGACUGUGGUGGCUGUUGCAAAGCAGGGGAAUGGACAAUGGCAAGCUGCCAGUUCUAGUUUUGCCACCCUCCUCCGCCUCCUGGGUGAGUUCUGCAAAAGGGGGGGAGGGCAGCCAACAGGCAGGGACCGCUGACUUCAGGUGAGAAGGCAAGUGGGGGCAGCAGAGAUGAUGAUAAUAAUAAUAAUAAUAAUAAUAAUAAUAAUUUAUUAUUUAUACCCCGCCAUCUGGCUGAGUUUUCCAUCCACUCUGGGUGGCUUCCAACAGAACACUAAAAUACAAUAACCUAUUAAACAUUAAAAGCUUCCCUAAACAGGGCUGCCUUCAGAUGUCUUCUAAAAGUCUGGUAGUUGUUAUUCUCUUUGACAUCUGGUGGGAGGGCAUUCCACAGGGCGGGCGCCACCACCGAGAAGGCCCUCUGCCUGGUUCCCUGUAACUUGGCUUCUCGCAGUGAGGGAACCGCCAGAAGGCCCUCGGCGCUGGACCUCAGUGUCCGGGCAGAACGAUGGGGGUGGAGACGCUCCUUCAGGUUGGUGCUGCUGCUGCUGCCCGCUUGCCCUCAAGUGCCAGCCUCCACUGCUCUGGCGGUUAUUUUCUGGGCCAGGAGUCACUCGACUCUGAUGUGGCAGCUCUGCAGUUGUGAUAGGAGGUUGCACGAAGGGGCUGCAGCCGGGUGGUUUAGCAUGUGCUUUUCUUUUCUUUUUCUUUUUUCUUUUUGAAUUUGCGUUUUAUUUAUUUGUUAACAUUCUUAUAUUACAUCGGUAAGCGUUGUCAUAUUACGUUACAGGACUUACUAUAAUAUAAUUUCCAACAUGUAUACAUAAAUUAUAUACAAAUUUUAUAUACCUAGAAAGAAUAUGAAAAAAAAGAAAGAACAAAGAGAAAAAGCAAAACAAUUCCUCCCCCCAAGAUCAUAUAAAUACCAACACACUAGACUUCCUGUCUUUCCUGUUGUAUAUUCAUUUUUUACAAAUGAAUGUACUCUUAUUAUUGUAUAUUUCUUUAGGUAAGGGUAAAAGUAAAGGAACCCCCGACCAUUAGGUCCAGUCGUGGCCGACUAUGGGGUUGCAGCGCUCAUCUCGCUUUAUUGGCCGAGGGAGCCAGCGUACAGCUUCCGGGUCAUGUGGCCAGCAUGACUAAGCCACUUCUGGCGAACCAGAGCAGCGCACGGAAAUGCUGUUUACCUUCCUGCCAGAGUGGUACCUAUUUAUCUACUUGCACUUUGACGUGUUUACGACCUGCUAAGUUGGCAGGAGCAGGGACCGAGCAACGGGAGCUCACCCCGUCGUGGGGAUUUGAACCGCCGACCUUCUGAUCGGCAAGUCCUAGGCUCUGUGGUUUAACCCACAGCGCCACCCGCGUACCUGUAUAUUUCUUUACAUAUUAUCUAAUCCAUUCCUAUAUCAAUAUGUGCUCUUAGUCUUAUUCUGGAGCAUGUGCUUUUCAGAAAGUCAGAGCGGCACUUUCCCGAGUUUCAGCAGUUCCGUUCGCCACGGCGAGUCCAACCCCACCUGCUGGCGAGCAUGUCAAGGGGGCCAGUCCUCCUUUGCAGAGGUGCUCAGGGCUGGUGCUUAGUAAGGCCUGGUGGAUGCCCCGUGAAAAGGCGUUCAGGGUGCCUUUGAGCAGCAGCACCCAAGCCAGCCUGCUCCUCUGGGUGGGGAAGGGGCAUCCGGGUGCUGGACUCUGGUUUGAUCUGACGUUCUCUUCCCCCUGUCCACCCCCCCUUCCACUUGGCAGCACUACACCUCAGAUCCUGACGGGCUCUGCACUCGCCUCAUCAAGCCAAAGGUCAUGGAGGGCACAGUGGCUGCUCAGGACGAGUUCUCACGCGGUGAGCAUGGCGCCAGGACUGGGCAGGCCCUUUGGUUGGGCUGGGCUCCCGUGGGAGUUGGCGCGUGGCUUAUUUGUUUUUAUUAUUGGUUGUUAGCCGCCCUGAGCCUGGUCUUGGCUGGGGAGGGCGGGGUAUAAAUAAAUAUUAUUAUUAUUAUUAUUAUUAUUAUUAUUAUUUGACUUCCUCUCCCUUUCUGUAUCUCUGCCCUCUUCCAGGCGGGUGGUCCCUCAACAUGAAGGACUUGAAACUGCUGCAGAUCAUCGGGAAAGGGGAGUUCGGAGGUGAGUCGGGCAGUGAUGGCAAGUGAUGGCGCAGGGAGAUCUUUCUUCUCCUGGCAGCUGGGGAAGUCAGGGCUGCCCCCCCCAUAUGGCUCUGUUAAGGGUCAUGGUCAAAGUUUAUGGAUAUCCUAUGAAGCUGAAUGCUCAAGGAGUUGGGGCAGAUAAAAGAAAGGACUUCUUUAUGCAGCACAUAGUUAAAUUACCAAACUCCUUUCUGCACGAGGCAGUGAUGGCCAACAACCUACAGGUGGCUUUAAAAGAUUAGGCAGAUUUCAUGGGGGAGAGGGCUAUUGAUGGCUGCUAGCCAUGAUGUCUGUGCUCUGCCUCUACGGCCAGAGGCAGCAGUGCUCCUGGAUCCCAGUUGCUGGAAGCCACAGGGGAGAAGAGGGCUUGUGUUCGAAUCCCGCUUGCUGAUCUUCCGCAGGCAUCUGGUUGGCCACUGUGAGAAGAUGACGCUGGACUACAUGGGCCAUUGGCCUGAUCCAGCCGGUUGUUCUCCUGAGCCAGGCUCAGCUAAGAACCUCGGAAGCUCAUGAGGGCCCACUUCAGACGCAAAAGGCGUCCACACUAGCAUCUCCAGGUGGGCAGGGCCCCUUGCUUCUAGUCAGGAUAAAUACUCUUGCUAGAAGCUUGCCCUGGCCCUCACCAGUUCUGGAAGGCUCCUAUAGAAGAGUCCUGUACACACAGAGACUUUGCGCUUGCCCAUUAGGGGAAAUAGGAAGCCCCAAACUUAUAUUAUUUAGAUAUCCUUUUUAUGUUGAGAUCCGUAGAGCCACCAUUGAUCCUUUGCUGAAGAGGCUCGCCAAUCUUUCAGACAAGUCUAAACUUAAUUCUCUCCUCUUAGGCAAAGAUCACAAGACGACCUGGCUGGUAGCCAGAUUCUGCGCCCAGAUCUGUAGGCACAGAUCAACCUCUAGAAUAAAAUACCUCACAAGGGAAAUGCUGAAGUCGCCCUUUGGGGCACCUCAGGGUCCAUUUUUUUUUUUUAUGGUAGCCCAAAUCUCAGUUAUACGGGUGUACAGUGGUACCUCGGGUUACAUACGCUUCAGGUUACAUACGCUUCAGGAUACAGACUCCGCUAACCCAGAAAUAGUACCUCAGGUGAAGAACUUUGCUUCAGGAUGAGAACAGAAAUUGUGCUCUGACGGCGUGGCGGCAGCGGGAGGCCCCAUUAGCUAAAGUGGUGCUUCAGGUUAAGAACAGUUUCAGGUUAAGAACAGACCUCCGGAACAAAUUAAGUACUUAACCCGAGGUACCACUGUAUAUAUCUCAAUUUUAACUCAUGAGCUAUUGCUGCAAUCCGCUCCGAUUGUAUAUUUUAUCUUUAUGAACGCUGUUUUUAUUGUGUUAUGUUACGUGAGCUGGUCUUUGACCGUAAUAAAUUAGCUAUCUACCUAGUCAGGGUAAAACCACCUUGAGCCAAGGUGAUUUGACUCCGUGUGAGGCACCCUUCCUAUGUUCCUCCCUUAAUGAAAAGGGCUCUGGACUGGUGUUCUCUCCCUGGACAUAAGCUAUGUGACAGCCAAUGGUCCUCCCCCUUCUGUAGCUUCCAGCAACUGCUAUUCAGAAGCAUUUAGUACUUCUGAGUGUGGAGGGCACAUCAUAGCCAUCCUGGCCAGGAGCCAUUGACAGCCUUCUCCUCCACCAAGAGUUUGUCCAAUUCCCUUUUAAAGUCAUCUAGUGGGACUCAUGUGGGAGGGAGUUCCACUGUUUAACUCUGUGCUGCGCAAAGAAGCCCUUUUCUCUGCCCAGACCUCAGCUUCAGGUAGAAGAGAGGGCAGCUUAAUGGCCUGAUUUGUGAGCCUCCCCGGGGGCUGCUGGCUGCUGUUCCCUGGAAGCAGGGGGCUGGGUUCAAGGGACCUUGACCUGUGCUCGCGUCUCCUAGCCCUGCACCCCCCUUCAGAUUGCCCUUCUCCUUUCCAGAUGUGAUGCUGGGCGACUACCAUGGGAACAAGGUGGCCGUGAAGUGCAUCAAGAACGACGCCACCGCCCAGGCCUUCCUGGCUGAGGCCUCGGUGAUGACGUGAGUGCCGGCAGGGGUGGGGCAGGGGGAGCCCAGCAUGAGAGCAAAGGCACGCUGAUGAUGGCAGAAGCUUAAGGGAUAAUUUUUAUUGAUUUGUUUUAUUUCGCCUUAAGGUCCCAGGGCUGGUGACAGCCUAUUAAUAUUAUUAUUAUUAUUAUUAUUAUUAUUAAAUUUUAUUUAUACCCCGCCCUCCCCAGCCAAGACCGGGCUCAGAGCGGCUAACACCAGUAUAAAAAUAAUUGAUUGAAAUACAACUUAAAAACAAGAAAAAAAUACAACAUUAAAAUGCAGCCUCAUUUCAGUAGGAACUCAAAUCAAAAACCUUUUUUGGAUAUGAAAACGUCAAGUCUUCACCAAGGCCAACUAUCCAGACUGGUCCUACGUGGGCCAGAAAAAAGCCAGGGAAGUCCCCAGAUAGGAGUUCCAUCACAGAAGGAGAAAGGAAGAGGAGGAGGGGAUCAAGUUGAUUCCAAGCCAAAGGCCAGGCGGAACAACUCUGUCUUACAGGCCCUGUGGAAAGAAAUCAGAUCCUGCAGGGCCCUGGUCUCAUGAGGCAGAGCGUUCCACCAGGCCGGAGCCAGUGUUGAAAAGGCCCUGGCUCUGGUUGAGGCUAAUCUGACUUCCUUAGGACCCGGGACCUCUAGGGUGUUACUAUUUAAAAAACCCAGCGUUAAAAACAAAUUGCACUCAUGGGUAUAGGGUGGGUCCUGAAAAAUAUGUAACUUUUGGGGGGUCAGAGGCCUCCCGAAGGAAGCGGAGGUGCGGGGGUGGACUGCAGGGAGUUCUUUGAGGGCCGCCAUCACAGAAUAUCCUCCUGGUGUAGCCUUGCCCAGGUGAGCCUGAGAUGACUGGGGAUGAUCUGUUUAUUUAUAUAUCACAUUUACACCAUACCGUCUUUCCUCCAAGGAGAUCGGGAUGGUAGCACAUAGUUCUCUCCGCAUUUUACCCUCACAACAAACCUGUGAGGUAGGCUAGGGGGGCAGGCAAGAGUACUGGCUCCAAAGUCGCCCAGGGAGCUUCACGGCUGAGCAGGGUCUCUCCAACCACUGCACCACACUGUCUCUCUCCCUUGAGGCAGCUGGCUUCAGAGAUGAGGGUGCCUUUGCCUCUGGUCCAGCCUCUCCCUGUCUCUGUCCGUCUCUUUAAAAAACAGUCAGGGCCGAAUCAUCAGGUGAAGGACAGAAACAUCCAAGAGAGGCUGGCAUGGUGCUGGGAACAACUAUUCCUCCCUGGCCAUUGGUCAUGCUGGCUGAGUUUAAGCAGAGCUUGGCUGGCCAUCUGUUGAGGAUUCUCCAGCUCUGAUUCCUGGGGUUGGGCUGGAUGACCCUUGGGGUCCCUUCCAGCUCUGCGUUUCUAGGAUUCUAUGAAUGGGAGUUAGAGUCCAACAACAUCUGCAGGGCGCCAGCUUGACACGGAGGUUUGCCCAAGGAAGUGAGAUUGAUAGCACUGAGGAUGGAGGCAAAAGCCCGUCAGUAGGUCCGCAUGGGAUUUCUCCCAGAGUAAGCACCCGGGUUGCUUAAGAGUUGGGAGAAGGGUGCUGGGCAUCGUGACGGGUUGGGCUUCAGGUUUCCAGACUGACUUCUGCAUGACUUAGACCCUGAACCGGGGCCACAGCUCAGCACCUGCUUUGCCCAGAGAAGAUCCCAAGUUCAGUCCACGACGGCAUCUCCAAGUAGAGAUGGGAAAGACUCGCACCUGAAGCCCCCGGGGAACUGCCGCCAGGCCUUGUUGGGAGCUCUGAGCUAGAUGGACCAGGGGUCCAACUCUGGUCUAGGGCAGCAUCCUGUGUCCUCCCUGACAUUCUUCUGAGAGAUGAGUGUAGGGAGGCCUCCCUGGGGUAUCCAAGGCCCCCCCAACACUUGGGAGCAGGAUCCGCAAAGGAGUGGGGGCCACAGCCUCCCUUGGGCCCUUGCAUGUCAGCAGUGUCCCUGCUGUGCCACCAGUCAUCUACUUACCAUAUUUUUCACUCUAUAAGACACAUCCGACCAUAAGACGCACCUAGUUUUAGAGGAGGAGAACAAGAAAAAAAAAAUUCUUUCCCUCUCUGCGCAGCGCCUCUCCAGCAAAGCAAGAGGGAUGCUGCGCAGCGAAAGCAGCGAUCUUUCUUGCUUUUCUGGCUUCUGGGAUAGCCGUGCCAAGCCUCUUCAGGGCAGGGGGAGCGUUCCUCCCGUUGCCCUGAAGAGGCUUCGGGUGGCUAUCCCAGAAGCCAGGAGAGCAAGAGGGAUCAAUGUGCACCAAUCCCUCUUGCUCUCCUGGCUUCCGGGAUAGCUGCGCAGCCUGCAUUCACUCCAUAAGAAUCACACACAUUUCCCCUUACUUUUUAGGAGGGGGAAAGUGUGUCUUAUAGAGCAAAAAAUACGGUAGUUAUUAAAUUUCUAUGUCACCCUUCAUCUGAGGAUCUUGGGGCGAUUCACAAGACAAAAAUACAGGAUAAAAGCACAAAAUAAAUAAAACAAAACAAUAAACCCCCUGCCACAAACACAUUUAAAAGGCUGUUAGAAUAACAACCAGCCAAAGGCCUGGUUGAAGAGGAACAUUUUCACCUGGUGCCUUAAGGUGUGUGAUGGAGGUGCCAGUCAAACCUCCCUGGGGAGAGUGUUCCUCAAACGGUGGUGACUGGGCCAAGGCCACCGAGUAAGCUUCGUGGCUGAGCGGGGUGGGGAUUUGAACCCUGGUCUGAAGGGCUCCUAGACUGACACUCGUACAACUACGCUGCGCUGCCUCGGAUACCAGCCAGUGCCUUGUGGAUGACACCUUCUCUUCCCUCCCUCCCCGGCCAAUCUCAUUGCAGGCAGCUCCGGCACAGCAACCUGGUUCAGAUGCUGGGGGUGAUUGUGGAGGAGAAGGGUGGCCUCUACCUCGUCACAGAGUACAUGGCAAAGGUAAGGGGCUGGUGCUGCCCUGGGGGCUUCCUGGUGCUGCUGGCCAGGGGUGCUCAAAAGGCUGAGCCACCCUACCAGGCAGUUUUCAGCAGCUGGGCAGGACCCACGGCCAGACCGUGGCCUGAUCAAAGGGGGGGGGGGAACGACUGCUGUAUAAAAACAUGGUGAACUGAAUUUUUAUUUUUUAUUUUUUAAAAUAAUUUUUAUUAGUUUUUCAACAUAUCAUUUUCAACAGUAAUUAAACAUACUUUCAUAUAUUAUACCAUUUUUUUUUACUUCCAUCAAUCACAUCUGAAAAUUUUCCAAUCUAUUCACUAAAUAUACAUUUCUAACUUCCACAUUUAAUUCAUAACUAAUAUAUCUAUUCUUUCUCUACUUUGCAAUGCUUCAUACAUAUCUCCUUACAAAGCUUCUUGUCGUCCUACUAGCGUAAUUUGUUGAUUACAGUUGCUCUUCAAAUAGUUCGUAUAUUUCUUCCAAUCUUCUGUAAAUCUCUGGUCCCGCAGGUUUCGAGUCCUUCCUGUCAUUUUGUCUAAUUCUGCAUAGUCCAUUAAUUUUGUCUGCCAUUCUCCUUUCAUCAGAAUUUCUUCUUGUCUCCAUUUCUGGGCUAUCAAUACUCUUGCCGCAGUUGUUGCAUAUAAAAAAACGAUUUAACAUCUUGCCUAUUUAUAUCCUCGCCUAUAAUACCGAGUGUGUAACAACUUUUAAAGGCUUUAGAGAUUGCCCAACUCCUUAGCCAAAGACCACCCAAAAGUAUCAUACCAGGUCACAGAAAGAGGCUGUCUGCAACAGAAAGUUGAGAGUGUGGCUUGUUUCCUGUCUGUCAAUAUACCUGAUUGUGUUUGGCAGUCUGGGCCAUUCUUUUGAAAUGUUAUAUGCCAUAAAGGGGACGCGGGUGGCGCUGUGGGUAAAACCUCAGUGCCUAGGACUUGCCGAUCGUAUGGUCGGCGGUUCGAAUCCCCGCGGCGGGGUGAAUUCCCGUCUUUCGGUCCCAGCUCCUGCCCACCUAGCAGUUCGAAAGCACUCUUAAGUGCAAGUAGAUAAAUAGGGACCGCUUUAUAGCGGGAAGGUAAACGGCGUUUCCGUGUGCUGCGCUGGUGCUGGCUCGCCAGAGCAGCUUCGUCACGCUGGCCACGUGACCCGGAAGUGUCUCCAGACAGUGCUGGCCCUCGGCCUCUUAAGUGAGAUGAGCGCACAACCCUAGAGUUGGACACGACUGGCCCGUACGGGCAGGGGUACCUUUACCUUUAUGCCAUAAAGGCCGACCCCAUUCAUACUCAGAAGAUGAUCUUUGUGACAGAUACUUGCCAUAACAGUUUUGCAGUGGGGUAGCCCAUUCAUUCCAAGAGGUUUGUCUGUUUACAGGAUUGGAAAGGAUUUGCAAGUGAAAAGAACUAUUGGGAAGGGUUUCCCAAGAUGCUUCCUUCUUCUGCAAAGAAAAUAUCCGGGGCUGUUAAGAAGGCCAAGAUGGUUUUGGGAUGGUUCUGUGUACUCAGAUAAAGUGUCUUUUUUCAGGGAAUAUUUCCUAAUUUUGAAGGGUGAAGGAUUGGGGUUUUUUUGGGGGGGGGGUCUCCUAUGUAUGCACCUUAAAAUUUGUGUAACAAAAGAGGCCUUGGUGACUAAGGAAAGAGAGAGAGAGAGCGCCCUGGCUGGUGAGGCCAGGAUGUGCCUUGCACACCUCUGCUUAGCUGGAAAAAAACACCCCUGACCAGACUUGUAAUGGGCUGAGAGUUGCGCUCCAUACUAGACCCCCGAACCUGUUUGUGACAUUAACUCUUCUCUUUCCACUUCUCUUUGUCUGCAGGGAAGUUUAGUCGAUUACCUUCGCUCCCGAGGGAGGUCUGUGCUAGGGGGAGAAUGUCUGCUGAAGUUCUCCUUGUAAGUAUGGCGCGGGCAAGACAAGGCCACACACCCAACUGGCAGGAUCUGUGCCUGCACAAAACAACAAUCAGAACUUGUUUGUGUGUAGACAGAUGGAUCAAUAGACAGAGACAGAGAGAUGUUUGCAACAGCCACCAGCCUUUGCAAUUUGGGUGCCAAGUACAAACAUAUGCAAACAUCACUAAGCAGAUAAAGUUGCCAAAAGCUAAAUGUAAAGUCACACAGUUUAAAAAUCAAGAGAGGAUCGUUGUGGGUCAACCGUUUUAUUCUAUUGGCAGUUGUUGAACUGUUGCUGUCUUUUCAGUCACCAGUUUGUCUUGAUCCGCAAGGAGAAAAGUCACAUUCUGGCUGAGAUGUUGGUGGUGGAUUGGUUAUAUAAAUGUCUGCACAGAGGGCAGAUCGGCAGCGCAUAAAACCAUGUGUCAGCAUUACUGUCUUCACAUGGACAUGCAUGAUUUUGGAAUGAGACCCCCCUUAAAACUCGGCUGGAGGAGGCAUGUUCAACCACACCCUCAAGAAAACUGUUUUGUGACCUUGGCAGCUGGGUCAUUACCUAGCCCCACCCCAAUGGGACAACUUUGAUGGGUGGAUGGGGCAGCCCGCCUGUCAGUCACAUGGAGCCCUCAUAACAUCACAUGGUUGGCAGGUGGGUUGACAUGUCCACCCACCAGUGCCCCUUGAGCAACACUUCCCUAAGCACCUGACAGCUGAGUGCUUCUUGGGCACCGUGUACAAUGUCAGAUGUGAGCGUGGUUUGGUGGAAACAGCCUUGCCAGCCUAAUAAGAACCCUGGCCAGGCCAGUUUUAGCUUGUGGGCUGAUUGUUCCUCAUCCCUGUUGUACAUUUUUGGCAUCUGGCCAGCCAGAAAAAAUUGUUAGUAUACUUUUCAGAUAAUGUUUUGCCUUUUUUGCAGCUCUGCAUUCUCUUAUUGCAUUCUGUGGCCCACCUUGAAUACCUGUUGAGGCUUAAAUCCAUGCAUUUUAAUCAAUUGCCCACAGCAUUAUACAAUGCCAGACACUGGUUUUAAAAUUACAGGGAAGAGCCACAUGCAUUCCAUGUAUUCCAUGCAGAGAGCCACCAGGUUCAGUCCCAAUGGCAGCUGGGAGAGACUCCUGCCUGGAACUCUGCAUAGCUGCUGCCAAUCAGUGUAGACAGAACUAACCUAGAUGAAGUAAUGGACUGUUCUGGUAUAAGAAAUAACAAGAUGAAAGAUGAAAAAAUAAAUAAUUCCAGUGGCACCUUAAAGAUCAACUAAAUAUAAGUUUUCAAGGUAUGAGCUUUCUUGUGUAAUACACACCUCAUCAGAUACUCUGAAGCAGAGGAAGAUGAGGAAAACAACAAAGAGAAGAUGGAAUAGAACUGUGAAUACUAUUUGGACAGAACUGUGUAUACUAAAGCAGCAGCAAGAGAGAUGUUUGGAUCCCAUUCAGAGCUCGAAGAAUGGGUACCCCCAACAAAAAUUUUAAAAUUUGGCUGUGUAAUUUGGAAUUAAUGUGAUUUGGAAUUAAUGUGAUUUGAUUGGCCUGUUAAUAAAAAUUAUUUUAAAAAAAGAAGCAGAGGUCGCUUCAACCUUAUAACUGUUGUUGUUAGAAAUAAACAACUGUUGUUGUUUUGGUAUAAGGCAGCUUUCUAUCUCCCCAGCUAAUCAUUUGGAGGACACAUCUAUAAGCACAGGAGAAUCUGCUUGGGGGUGAUAGCGUGUGUUCAUGGGAGCUUAAAACAGAGAAAAUGGAUAAGGAGAUGCUGGGAAGGAUUUGAAUGUCAGGUGAUUGAUGGGCCUUUCAUCACAGUGUCAAAACUACGGCCUUUAAUGAUAACGUUUCAAUCAUUCAGUCUUAAAAUGCCUUCACUACUUUUCAUGUAAAAAAUAAAAUAAAUAGGAUUAUGCAACGGUUUAACAGAUGCAAGCACUAAUUAACACAAAUAAUCAGUGCAGAAUACAACAGCAGCAGAACCAGGUAAAGGGUAUUUUGGUCCUACAUACAAAGAAAGAGAAUGUGGCCAGGGUAUUCCAAAUCCUGGGGGCCACCACAGAAACAGGCCCUGCUUUGCAAUCCAAGCUGCGCUGCAAGUUGCAAUUUAGAGCAGAGCCUCACUCGCAGGUCUUGUCUGCCAAGAGGCUCGUGCAAGGAGACAGCUGUGCGCUGGCAGCAUCUCCUGGAGCAACAGCUCCCUUUCCUGAGUCUUGCCUGCCUGUUCUCCCCACACAGAGACGUCUGUGAAGCCAUGGCGUACCUGGAGGCAAACAACUUCGUCCAUCGGGACUUGGCAGCACGGAACGUCCUGGUCUCGGAAGACAACAUUGCCAAAGUCAGUGACUUCGGGCUGACGAAAGAAGCCUCGUCAACCCAGGACACGGGCAAGCUGCCAGUGAAAUGGACGGCGCCGGAAGCACUUAGAGAAAAGGUGUGGCACAACACGGGGGUGACCUGGGGGGGGCCCUGAGCCAUCACAGACACAGGCAUGACCGUCUGUCCAGCGUGAGGAACCUCAACCUGGGGGGCAAGCGGCGCCCUCCUUCCCCCUCUCUUCAGCCCUUGGGACUGACUCUCGGGGGGCGGGUGUGCCCCUUCCCAGGCCCCACCCGCUGCUGGCCGGCAUGAGCUUGAUUUGCAAAAUGGACUUGAUCAGUCAUGAGCUAUGAUAGUUCAUAUUAUGCAGAGGAGGCUGGGUGUAGUUCGGGGUGCAAUUGGUGGCUUUGGGAAAGGGCUAAAACCCAGUUCCCUAAAAAGAGGGUGGUGAGCAGAGGUGGUUUUAGGACACGGCAUGACUGGUUCAGUUGCGCUGGCUGCUGUGCUGUGGGGGGGGGGGCACCCAAACAGUGCUAUGGAGCAGAGCGCAAGAGGCAGAGGGUGCUGCUGCUGAAACUUGAGAGCCCAAAUCCGCCGCUGUGGCGAGAGGCUGUGUGAUGAUCUCCAGGCUUGGGGAGUAUCUCGCCACCCACAGGAACCGUUUCCCUCAACGAUGGACUUCCUUUCUCUUAGCAGAAAUUUUCCACCAAGUCCGACGUCUGGAGCUUUGGGAUCCUCCUCUGGGAAAUCUACUCCUUUGGGCGAGUGCCUUAUCCGAGAAUUGUAAGUGACGGAAGCUCAGCUUGGGCGGCUUUUGAUGUUUCGACAGGGACCCUGCCCCUCCCUUCCCCUUUUUUGCAGCCAACUCUUGGAGCAACUGCGUUUUUGCUCUGCCUUCUCUUUUCAUAGCCUUAGGGCAGUGAUGGCCAAACUUGGCCCUCCAGCUGUUUUGGGACUACAGUUCCCAUCAUCCCUGACCACUGGUCCUGUUUGCUAGGGAUGAUGGGAGUUGUAGUCCCAAAACAGCUGGAGGGCCAUCACUGCCUAUGGGAAAGUGGUGGGAACAGCAGCUGCCCAGCAGGCUGUCCUGGCUGAGGUGCCUGCUUCAGGAAGGGCUGUGAGUCCAUGGCAGAGCUCCUGCUUUGCAUGCAGAAGGUUCCAGGUGCAAUCCACAGUGGCAUCUCCAGGUGGGGCUGGGAGAGAGACCGCUGCCUAAGACCCUUGAGAGCCACUGUGAGUCACCAGCCUAGAUGGCUUUACAAGAGGAGUGGACGAAUUCAUGUAGGAGAGGACUGUCGAUGGCUCCUGGCCACGUUGGCUUUGCUCAGCCCUCCAAAGUUGAAGGCAACAGUCCUUCUGAACGCCAGUUGCCGGAAGCCACAGGAUGGCUGUGUUGUGGACAUGUUUCACUUGCAGGCUUCCCAUUGAGCAAUCUGGUUGGCCUCUUGAGAAGAGGAUGCUGGGCUAGAUGGCCAUUGGUCGGAUCCAGCAGCUCUUUUGAUGUCCUUACGAGUCAGGGUGGACAAUAGUGAGCUAGGUGGACGAGCUGUCUGGCCCGGCUAUAAGGCUGUUUCUUAUGGGGAGGUGCCACCACAGCCCAGUAACAUCCCAGGCUCAAUCCCUGACCUCUCUAGAUAGGGCUGGAAAAGACCCUGACCGGAAGCCCUUACAGAAGCUGUUGCCACUCGGGAUGGACGGUGCUGGAGCCAGUAGGCUGACUCACUAUAAGGCAGUCUUCCUGUGCUCCUGAUCAGAAGGGUCUGAAGAGAGCAUGUCUGAAAUGAGUCUGAAGGAUUUUUCACUACUGGGAUGGGGUCCAGCCAAAAUGCUCCCCUCGUUUCAUAAAAUCAUAGAACCAUAGAAUUGUAGAGCUGGAAGGGACCCCGAGGGUCAUCUAGUCCAACCCCCUGAAAUGCAGGAAUCUCAACUAAAGUGUCCAUGAGAGGUGGCCAUCCAGCCUCUUGCUUAAAAACCUCCAAGGAAGGAGAGUCAGUUCUCCUGUAAAACAGCUUUUACUGUCAGAAAGCUUUUCCUGAUGUCUAGUCAGAAUCUCCUUUCUUGUAACUUAAAACCAUUAAUUUGGGCCCAAGCUCCCUCCUUAAAUAAUUUUUUACGUUAUCACCUGGUUGGGCAUCACUUUCCUUUUGGGUGAAGACAGAGGCAAAGUAGAUGUUGAGGAGUUCCGCCUUCUCUCUAUCCCCCAAUAACAUUUCUCCAUCUUCUCCAUGUAGAGGACCUACUAUUUACUUGUUUUUAGUUUUUAGUUUUGCUUUGAGCAUAGCCAAAGAAGACUUUUUAAAAUUAUUUUUAACCUCUCUUGCAAGCCUGAGUUCAUUCUGAGCUUUGGCCUGUCUGACCUUCUCCCUGCAACUGUUGGAUACUUGUGUAUAGUCUUCCUCCAUGAUUUCCCAUAUCUUAUACAUGCCCUUCUUACAGGGGCAUAGCGUGGGGGGACAGAGGGGCCGUGGCCCAGGGUCCAGCCCCCAUGCUGGCACCCCUCUCCUGGCACCAGAGGAACCAACGCUCACAGAGAGGAGCACUGGCAUGGGCUGCUCUGGAGGUGCUGGCAUGGGGGUGCCUGCUUUGCACAGGAGCCAAGUGCCACAUUGAAAGGUUUAUAUAACAAGAUGCAUUGCUUUGUGUGCUAUUCUCAUAGCUUUUUGUUUAGAAAUUGUAGGCCAUGUGCAAAUGUCUAUAUUCAUGAAAUUAAAAUAUUUAGCAAAGUGAAUUUUUGGGGGGCCCUUCCCAUUUCACUGGCUCCUCCUUUCCACACUGCUGUUUUCCCCUUGGGGUCCUCCCCCCAACCCCUCCCUUGCAUUUUAAGCUUGCCAGUUUUAUAGCCCCCGGAGAUCCUUAUCCACCUUCCACAGUAUUAUAACACUUGUAUCUUACCUUUCCUCCAUACGGCAGCACUCACGGUCCUCCACUCCCCCCUUUUACUCUCAACACCCCUGCAAGGUAGGCUAAGCCAAGAGUUUGUGACCUGGCCCCAGACCCACCAGCGAGCUUUGACCCCAGUCCUGAACCCAGCGCAGUAUUGCUUCCAGUUGACAUAGUCCCUUUGUGUUUGUUUCCCUCUCCUCCCACCCCUUGCAGCCUCUGAAGGAUGUAGUCCCUCGUGUGGAGAAGGGGUACAAAAUGGAGUCCCCCGACGGCUGCCCUCAGAUCGUCUACGAGGUGAUGAAGAAGUGCUGGACCUUGGACCCCGCACACCGGCCCGCCUUCCACCAACUACGGGAACAGCUAGAGCAUAUCAAAGCCAGCGAGCUUUACCUGUGAGGUGGACGGGAGGGUGGGGUUUCCCUUGGACACGCCUCUUCCUCCACCACUUCCUGCGACCCGCCUCCCACGCCCAUGCGUCUGGGGGUUGGGGAUAACGGGCGAGGGGGCUGAGGGAGCGGUUCUUCCCCACCCCUGCAGGAAUGCAGAAUUCCUCCACUCAAGGGACUGUAUUUAGAGAAACAUAUUGGACUGUGUGCAUAUUUACCCCCCACCCCCGUGCCCCAGCUGGUGGGGGGGUGGGGUGGGGGUCCAGCGGCUCCUCCCUCCUCCUCCUCCGUGGAAAAGGCUCCCCCAUAUCUUUUUCAGUGGGGUCACCAGUAGACGCACGAGGGAGAGAGAAAAUAUGGGAGACCCCCAACAUCUUCUCCUGGUCCUGUAGGAAUCCCGGUUCUCUUAUAGCGGGGAGAGACCCUGACUGUUCGUUUGUAGCAUGUACCCCACACUCCCCCCCCAUUUGACCCCCUCCUCACAGAAGCGCCUCUCCCCGCCACGCCUCCUUCCUUCCCCCCUUUGACUUUCUCCCCAGAACCAGACCUCCAUGCCUCCCAUUUUCAUGGGGAGAUGUAAGACAUUCAGAUAGCACCAAAACAAUGGGAAGAUGGGGGGGGAGGGAGGGAGCCCCCAUGAGGUGGGGGAGACAGAGGGAUUUCCCUUCCCCUCCCAGUAUUUCUGUGACUGCUGGAAAUACCCAAAUUACCAAUCCAGCAUCUUUUACCCCACCCCCGCUGCCCACAACACACCUUUUUUUUAUUAAAAAAAAAAGAUUUUUGUUCAGUUUUUAUUUUUAUUUUUUGUUCCUUUUAAUGUUAUUUCAAACUGCACCGGAAAAUCAGCCGUUUUGCUGGGUUUUACUAAAGUUGCAAAUCUUAUUUUUUAAAGUAAUAAUAAAAAAAAGUUAAAAAAAAAGAAGAAAAGAAAACAGAACACGCUCUGAAAUUUAGCAAACUCACCCCCCACCCCCAACCAAAUGAAGGCAGGGCAAGUUUAAAACCGCAAAGCCACCAAGGACGGCUGUUGGGUUUUUUGGGUUUUCUUUGCUUAAAAACAGUGUUUGCAUGCUGUCUCCAGAGGCCUUUUUCCAGUCCUGUCUAGUGCUUUAUGCUCAUAUAAUGCUGCCAACUGUGAGAUUAAACUGUAAUAAAGAUCAUUCCAUAUGAACACGUAUGA